AAUAGAUGUAACACCAGAGGAGAGACCCGCUUACAGCAAACCUGAUCAAGGUGGUCUCUAGUCUAGUCACUACCUCAGUAACACCAACCAGUGUGAGACGGAUUCUGGAGUAACAUGUGGUGGGGGUUGUACAGCCCACAGAGCAUGCGCAACCACUUAACCAAAGCAUGAACUUUUUUGGGUCUGGAAGUCUGAAAUUCCUCAGUCAUCCAAGGGGCACGGAAAGGAAGCGCUUCUAAGGCAAGUCAGGGGUUGAUUUUCCAGCUAUGCUCUUGGCUUAUUGAAUGAAUCUGAUCGAAUUUCAUUGAUUUCAAUUACUACUUUUUCCUUUCAGGAGACAAGUCCAGAGGUUUAUUGUUAUACUGAGUCUGUGCCCCCAGCCCUGGAGGACAAUGGGGCUACUACUACGAGUGGCAGGACUUCUAGGUAAACCCCAGUUACAAAUAGACUUGUAGCAUAUUGAAUGGCUGUUAACUGUAUUACUUUAUAGCAGCGAUUUCUAACUCCACGUGAUACAUCAAUUGUCCUUGUGACCUCUCUGUCAUUGAUCAGAAGGCAGGAGUAACCUUACUUGUCUAUAGUGAUGCAUGGUUUAUUAAAUUACUAUUAUGCCCCUUUCUUACCUUACAUAACUCUGUUUAACUGCUGUUCAGCUAAAAUCACAAAUGUAUCCCUAUUUGGGCAGCAUGUUCAUCCAUUAAACGUCGCCCACCAGGCUGCUGUAAGAGCAUUAGUUGUGGGAUGCCAGCAUAGCCAGGGCGUUUUUGGAUUGUGCAGGAUCUUUGGGAGCGGUAUUGUGAAUUGUAUAAUGAAAGCUUUAUUGUGAAAUGUAUAAUGAUUACCUUAUGGCUGCUUUUUAUAGGGGAGGCUGAUUGUAGAGUACUGUUAGGCUGUGUCCUGCUUCUUUCUUUGAGACCACUUGUGGUUCCCUUAUUUCACCUAUCCGUUAUAAUGUCACAUUUUAAGGCAUUGCUAGGACAAAAACAUGUCUGUGAGUCAUAAUUCUGGUCAAGCAAAAAUCUAAAAGAAAAGGGAAAAACUAGCUUUUUUUUUUUUAAACUACAAAAUGUUUGGUAAAACCAUAUGGAUUCAUUUUGACUCCUCUUAAAUUUAAGGACUAGGUUAAAUUUUAACCCUUCAAUCUAAGAGGAAAUUGCUUUUUUUUUUUCUUCAAAAGUGGUUUACUUUUUAAACCGUGUAUUUUGACCACUAAUGCAUUAUCUUAUAUGACUAUACAGUAGGAAGAAAAAUAAAAGUAUCUAUUAGCAAGAAUAAUGUUCUUAAACAGACUGGUUAACAAAACUAUGGGGACUAUUUAAUAGACAGUAAAUUAUGAUGGUUUGGAAACAGAAGGGGUUUGUCACUAAACAAUGAAUUGAAAACAUAAUUGUAAUAUUUAGGCCAAAAUAGCUGAUUUGUAUUAAAGCUGAACUAUAGCCCUCAGGCUGGCUUUGUUAUAGCCUUUAUUUUGCUAGUUUUCAGUUUACAAUUCACUGUUUAGUGGGUAAAACCUCUGUGGUUACUAAAUUUUUGUCAAAUAGUCCAGUAAAAAAAAGUCUCCUUCUCAAAUAUAUUAUAAGUUUGGCUUUUUGAACCAAAAUAGAGUGAAGUCGAUCUUAAAUUUGUCUCCAUUCACUGUUUAGUUCAUGACCCCCCUUGUCAAACUGAUGAACCGCACAACCAAACAUUUUGAUCAUUUUGCCAUAUAGUUGUAUUUUUAUGAGAUUUAAAUGAGAAAACUCUCUGUCUGUUAAAACCCACAGCUGGGUUAUUUGCUUGUACAGUAUGUUGGGAAGAGAUUAUUAGUGGAAAUCCCCACUGAUUUAGUAGAUACCUUUGGGAAUUUGCUACCAGUGUGUAUGUUGAUUUACAUUUCUGUGCCUGAAAAAAAAAAUCACUCUGACUAAAGCAAAAUACUGGAGGUGUGAGAUGAGGGGUUCCUUACAUAUUGCAGAAAAUAGUUUUUGUGAAAAGUGUUAAAUUGUAUAGAACCUCAAAAAAAUUUACUUUUUGUAUUCUCCAAUUACUGUAUUCUACAUGUCAGUUUGUCAGUCCAUGGCUUAAAUGGUUAUUCUAGGCACCAAGAAAUGUUCAGUGUUUGGAAGUGGUCAUGGUCUCCCGAGUCUGUAUUUGCAGUGUUGAAUAUACUGAGUUUAACCCCUUUUCUGUCAAAGGUGUAACUCUUCCUUCAGCAGCAACAUUGAGGUGUCUUUCCAGCCCAGAACAUGAGUUCAAGGAUAGCUAAUGUCAGUUAUAUUGUAGAGCACUCCUAUAGUGCUACUUUACACCAAUAAGGGUUGUUCACUGAAGUGAGAAUUGUCUGGAAUUCAAAAUUAAUUUUAAAUUUAAGGCCACAAUAGCCAAACUAGAAGCUAAACAGAAUUGGGUGAUUUUUCGAUUUUGGCUGACAAUUCUCACUUUAGUAAAUAACUCUGAAUUAAUUUAUUCACUAAACCCCACAGUGUGGUGAAAGGAACACUAAAAAGCCAAAGUCAAGCUAAAAUAGCCAUAAGGUGGCUAGCUGAGUUGGGAAAUAGUUCCAAAACAUAUUUUUAUUUAUCCAGAAUUUUUUUUUUUGCAUUUUGUUUCUCUGUUCACUAUAAUUUAAAGUUUAAUGAAUAAAACUGCAAAAAACAAAACAAAAAAAAACAUCAGGGAUUGAGAUUUGGAAAUUAAUUUAGCUAGCUAUCUGCAUUAUUUAUUGGAAUGUAUUCCAUUGGGUAUUUAUAGUGUACAGUAUUGUAUUUUUCAUAAUAUCCAAACAGAAAUAAAAUACAUAAAUCUUUAUGUUUUUUUUUUCUUAUACUGCUUUUGUGGAGUGAUUUACUAUUUAUUAUAAAUUCCAUCCCCAUUUUCAAGAGCUGAUUAUUUUAACUGGCAUUGUUCCAAAACCUAUGAUCUAUUCAGUGGUGUAUUUUAUGAGUUUAAUCAGACCUUUUAGAAUGACUGACAUGCCUCAUAAAUAACAUGAUUUUUGCAUUGUAAUGAAAUCCUUUGUGGCUUGAUUCAGGGUUUAUUACUUAAAGUGACAUUACAUCAUAUUUUCCAAUAAAUGGAUAAUUACCAGAUUUUACUAAUUACAUGACGUAAAGUCAUGAUUUUAUAAAGGACACGGAGGCGAAUAUUAUGCUUAUCUCUUUCUUUAUUAUACCUCAGCAGCAAAGAGAAGGUAUAAACAUUCAUAGAAAAAAGUUUUAACAGGUUCUCCAAGGGUUAACCCAACAUCAUACCCUUAACCAAUAGGAACAGUCCCUCUAUCUAUAACUAUUCAUGUGACCUUUCCUCUUCCUCUUUCUUUGGUCAUGCCGAAGCUGUAUCAUUAUAACUUGAGGAGACACUGGAACACUUCAUCCGUUGUGUCGAACUUUCCCAUAUCCCGAACUUGUAAGAACUUGUCUGCGUAAACUGCGGUGACAACUGGUCAUCCAGGGUGUCGCGUAUUGCGAAUUAAACUGUAAUGGGAUAGAGAAAAAUAUGGUAAAAUGUGGUCUGAGGAACUGUUUGCCACAACGUUAGUGACGAAAUCUUAGCAUAUGCCUGAUGUACUACAGACUCACUAGUACAGUUGUAUUAAAUAAAAACGAAUUAAAUCGAGACGAAAUAAGACACCACAAUGACCCUUAUUUUAUUGUUUAUUGGGUGGGCCUGUCACUCUACUUUCGCUGAUAUAUGCCUGAUAUACUUACCGGGUGGGCCAAUAUUUGCCUCCGUGUCCUUUAUAAAAUCAUGAAUUUACGUCAUGUAAUUAGUAAAAUCUGGUAAUUUUAUUAAAGGACACGGAGGCUCAUAUUAUGCUAGUUCAAAGCUGUGCAAUGACUCUUGAUGCUACGUGGUCUGUAGGGUGAAAAUAAUAUUCCUUAAAGGUGGAUUCAUGAGACUAAUCUGCCGUCCGUAACAAAUCUUCCAGUCUGCAUCCCAAGUUGAAUACUUUAGAUGCCAUAGCUCCUCUAGUGGAGUGUGCCCCAUAUACCGAAGUAUCUAUGUUUGCAGAGGCCAUUAUCACCUUCACCCAUCGGGCUAUCGUUAUGGAAGAUACUGGCUGGUGUGGUGAAUUGACGGCCAGAAAUAGUUCAUGUUGUCCAGAGUUUCGAAAUGCCUGUGUCCGUGUUUCGUAUUCCUUGAGGCAGGCAAUCGGGCACAGGUUUUUCUUGAGCGGGAAUGCUGGAUAUGACACUGAUGUUGUCGCUGAUUUUGUACGUCUGGAAAUGUUGAAAGUUACUCCCGUUGGAGUGAACGUGCGUGCGUCGACGUCCAAUGCCCGGACAUCCGAGACUCUUUUGCAGGAUAUUAGGCAUAAGAGCAUGGCCAGUUUCACUGAAAGUUGUUUCAAUGUGAGGUCAGAGUUCUGUGGCAUUAGUUCCAAAAGAUUUAAGACCACAUUCACGUCCCAUACUGUACUAUAUCGGGGUCGCGGUGGUCUUGCCAAUCGAAUACCGCGUAAGAGCUUGCAUACCAACAGAUGCUUGCCUGCUGGAAAUCCUUCUAUACCCUUGUGUCCCGCCGAGAUCGCUGACCUGUAUACAUUGAUGGUCCGGUAUGCAAGUCCUUGGUCAUAUAGGUGUGUAAUGAAACACAACAGGUGGUUUACAGGGGCACAUACGGGAUCCACGUGUUGUUCCAUGCACCAACCACUCCAGAUGUUCCAAGCUUUAGAGUAGGAUCGUCGUGUUCCCGGAGCCCAGGCUCCCGCCAGGAGUUCGAGAGUUGUUUGCGGAACGUUUGGCACGACCCAGGGACCCCGGAAAGGAGCCACGCUAACAACCUGAGUUGUCCCUGCGCCAUCAGAGGGUGUGGGUUCCCAUCUGGGUCUGAGAGGAGAUGUGGGUCCUCGGGCAGCAUUCUGGGGAGAUCUAUGGACAUCUCCAUGAGUAAAGGGAACCAAGGCUGUGCAGUCCAGAAUGGAGCUAUGAGGACUAGGGACGUCCGUGUGCGGUCGAGGUGCACUAGCGUUCGUGCCAGUAGGGCGAACGGUGGGAACGCGUAUAAUCGUUUGUUCGGCCAUGGUUGUAGGAAUGCGUCCGUAGCUAACGCGUCUGGGUCCGGUCUCCAGCUGAAGAAUUCCGGGAGUUGUGUAUUCAACCGUGACGCAAACAGGUCUAUAUACAUCGGACCCCAUAGAGUGUGCAAUCGUAGGAACGUCUCUCGGUUCAGGCGCCAAUCGCUGGUAUCCCGCAGAUGUCUGGAGUUCCAAUCUGCUACGGUGUUCGAAAGUCCCGGGAUGUAUUCGGCUCGUACUGUGAUGCUGCGUUCUAAGCAAAACUGCCAAAAUUCUGUGGCUAAGUCUGCUAAAAUUUUGGACUUGGUGCCGCCGAGGCGGUUGAUGUACUGGACGGCUGAGACGUUGUCCAUUCUCAGGAUGAUGGAGCAAUGCGUUGCGGGACCCAGGAGGCUCUUCAGUGCGAACGAACCCGCCAUUAAUUCCAGGCAGUUGAUAUGUAGUGUCCUUUCUGCUUGGAACCAUUUUCCGCCCGUGGAGGUAUGUCCACAGCGCGCUCCCCAGCCCCGUGUGCUGGCAUCUGAUUCUAUUACGCAAUCUGGGUUGUUGCCGAAGAUUGCUCUGCCGUUCUACGCUUCCAUGUGCUGCAGCCACCACCUGAGCUCCUCCUUGGCUGUGUGAUCGAGUGGCACAGAGUCUGAGUAGGAGUGUCCUGAGCGCAGUUGUGCGGCUUUUAGUCGCUGUAGGGCCCUGUAGUGUAAAGGCCCCGGGAAGAUCACUUGUAUGGAAGCGGAAAGGAGUCCAAUUAUCCUGGCUAGUUGUCUGACCGUAAGUGUUGGUCGAGCCAAUGUUCUGCGGAUCUCCUUCUUGAUGAUUUUCAUCUUUGUGGGUGGCAGGCUUAGGGUCCCUAAGACCGCCCCUAUUUCGAACCCUAGGAAUUCUAAGGACUGGGAGGGGGUUAGUACCGACUUCUCCCAAUUGAUUAGGAAUCCCAGGUUCUGUAGUAAAGUUACUGUCCAAUCUAAGUGUUGUUGUAGCAGUAGGGUGUCUUGGGCCAUGAUCAGCAUGUCGUCCAGAUAUAUGAUCAUGCGGACGCCCCUGCUGCGCAGCAGCGCAACCACUGGCUUCAGCAGUUUUGUAAAGCACCAUGGUGCUGACGAUAGGCCAAACGGAAGGCACUGAAACCUCCAGGUCUGGGAGUCCCAAUUGAAUUGUAGGAGAUGCUGCCACUCCUUUGCAAUGGGGAUGGUGAGAUAUGCAUCUUGGAGGUCUAAUUUGACCAUCCAAUCCCCCAGCCUGAGAAGAUCUCGCAGGCAAUGAAUCCCUUCCAUUUUGAAGUGAUGAUAUCGUACAAAUGUAUUGAGUGGGCGUAGGUUGAUCACUGGUCUUACCCCACCGCCUUUCUUGGGGACCAGGAACAGAUUGCUCACGAACCCUGGGGAGUGGGGCGCGACCUGAUAGAUCGCACCUUUCUCCGCCAGUGCUAUGAUUUCUUUCGACACCAGUUCCCUGUCCUGAGGGGCGAACACCAUCCGCCGUGGCAUUGUGGAUUGGGUUGGGUGUGUGACGAAUUCUAUAUGGUACCCCGCUACUGUGUCGAGAAUCCAGGCAUCGAACGUGAGUCUGUGCCAUGCCCCGAUAAAUUUGGAAAGUCUGCCCCCUACGUGUGAGGUAUGAGAGAGGGGAAAGGGAAAAGCACUUACCAUAAGGUCGUCGGCUGUAUGUGGCACCCCUGUGACCUCUGGGCUGCCAUGAUCUGCCCCUGACCGGGAAGAAAGGUGCGGGGGUUCUGGUCUCCGCCUGUGGGACUCUUGGUGUCGUGGGGCCCCGGUAGCCCCGGUGGGAGCUCCGUGAUGGGCGGCUGGACAGGCGGCCCCUGUACCUGCCAGCCCCUCCAAAAACCUUCGGGGAGAACACCCGUUUUAGGUUUGUUUGUGCCUUAUCCAGGGCUGUAAAUGUGCUCACGUAGGUGCCCAGCUCUUUUACAAAAUUGUCUCCGAAAAGGAGGCCUUUUGCCUGGGGUCCAGGCUCGGUUAUGGCCAUGUUGACCAGCUUGGGGUCUAUUUUCAUGAGAAUUGCCUUCCGCCUCUCAGUACUAAGUGCGGCAUUUGAGUUGCCGAUGAGGCAGAUAGAGCGUUGUGCCCACUCUCGGAUCACUAAGGGGUCUAGUGGUGCGCCACCUGAGAUUGUCUCUUCGACCAAGUCGAAGAUCUUUGCGCUAGGGCCCAAGGAGUCGAGCACCUUAUCCUGGCAAUGGCGCAGGGAGUAGUCUAGCCCUUUUUUGGCUUUCCAGCCAGCCUUACCCAGGAACUGGGCAAUCUUGGGGUCCACCUCUGGCGUGGCGCACGCCAUAUCAGGGACCGUCGGGCGUGGGCACUCUGCCCUUAACUUAUUCCUGGUUGUUUUAUCCAGGGGCUUCCUUAUUCUGGCCGCAAUAUAUUGGGCCACAUGGUCAGCUGGGAACCAGUCUGUGGACCUGGGGUGCUGCAGGUCGUCAGGGUUGAAUAGGGGCUCGCCCUGGGGGUCUAGGAUGAUGGAAUCAUCCGUGGGCGCUUUUCCCUUAGCUGGUAUGACUGCCAGGCUGCGCUCAGGGGAAGAGUUCCCUGAUUCCAACGAGCCGAGUUCCUCGGACUCACUCAUUACCUCCUCUAUGUCCGAACCAGAGUCGGAUGUCUCUGUCUGGGCUUUUGCCCAUUUCCACGUCCUCACCGCUUUUGCCCGGUGGGUGGCUCUUUUGCGUGGGGGCCCCACGUCCUCAGUAGUGACAGGGCGUAUCCUGUCCGUCGUGCUGUUUUUGGAGGUGUGUUUGCCCAUAUGGUGGGUCUUCUGCGUAGCCUUACGGCCGCUGAGGGGCACAGGUUUGUUAGGCUGGGCCAUGGAGCGGGGGCCGCCGGGAUGGCUGCUAGACGCCAGUAUGGCAUUACUAAUGGAUUGUGUCAGGGUUUCAGACAUCGCCCCCAUAGCCGUGACUAUAGCUUGAGUGACCGACUUGGUCAUGGUUGCAUCCAGGAGUGAGUGAAACUCCUCCGAGUUUAACUGAUCCAUGGAUGCCACGUCGUCUCGCAGUGGCGAGCAUGGACGUGUUAUCUGUGGCACGUGAUGAAUGGUGUCCUUACUGAUAUCAGUGGGGGUGGCAACCCCGUGGUCCUUAAGGUGUUGCAUGACAGGUAGGUUGUAACAAAAGACACCUGAGGUGUGGGAGCAGUGACACCUAAAUGGCUGGGUAUACCAAGUGACACAAUGAAAUUUGUACCAGACUGGCACCAAUGUGUGAGAGAAAAAAUGCCCCUAGUGACCCUGUGCAGGGGCUAACAGGAAACCAACUGUGGGCAGUGAGCUCUGAGAACAGUGCAAGUGGGAGGAUGCAGGCACAAACAAAGGCUGUCAGCUUACCAAGUGUUCCCUCCGGAAUGGCCGCCAGGGAGCACUGGUAAGCUGCCAGCCAAUGCAGCUGGCCAAUCAGAGAACGCCCGCCCUCUGUUACAGGGCGGGCGCGGAAAAAAGCGCGGCAAAGCUCGGCCGGCUUACUGGAAAUGGCCGCAGUGCCGAGCGGCCGUUAUUGCGCAUGCGCGAGCGGGUUCUGGAGUCAGAGCGCUUGCGCCGCGAAACGGCUGCCGCGGCUCUCAGAGGACAACAACGAACGGGUAAUAAACUACCCGGUAAGGUGUGGGAGGGGGUAACCGCCGCAGGGGGGGGGAGGGAACCCCAGAGAAAACGGCUAUCUGCCCUAAGGCAGACAGGCGCCGGCUCUAAGAACCGGCUAAGUAACCCACACAAAUACCUAAGACAUAAAAUAUUAAAGACACAUAAACAAAACAAUACAAUACUAAUUCAAAGAGGGUGCUCUGAGGAGAGCUAAAAUUAGAUGGUACUUAGCUGAGGCAGCAGCAAAGAAAGAGGAAGAGGAAAGGUCACAUGAAUAGUUAUAGAUAGAGGGACUGUUCCUAUUGGUUAAGGGUAUGAUGUUGGGUUAACCCUUGGAGAACCUGUUAAAACUUUUUUCUAUGAAUGUUUAUACCUUCUCUUUGCUGCUGAGGUAUAAUAAAGAAAGAGAUAAGCAUAAUAUGAGCCUCUGUGUCCUUUAAUAAAAUCAGGAUUUGCUUCAAUGCCUGGGAUUCUAAGUUCAGCUAUCUGAUUUAAGUGCAGCAGCUCCUUCUGAUGUUGUCACGGGUCACUGAAUGACCUAUUCAAGGGGGGAAACCUGGUUAGUUAAUUUCUGGGUAGCUGAUUUCUAUGCAUUUGCAUCUCUCUGAGUUUGCAAGACCAGUUGAAAAAGGACGAUGGGUUUUUGGACUGAAAGCAUGUGUUAUCCUAUCAAUGCCAACAGAAUGGCAGCAUGUCAAAUAAGUUUAACUCCCCAUAUUACCCCUGAAAUAAUUUAAGUGUAUACAUAAUUGAAAUUUAUUUAACCAUUUUCACACUCAAUGUCUCUGUUAAUAAAAGUUAAUAAAUAUAUAACUUUAUUGUCGAAGCAUAUAGGGUGUGGAUUUUGAGUUUUAUCAAAUACUUUGUUCCUUCUGUCAUUAAAAUAACUAAUUAAGUAGAGCAACUCGAGUGGUGUAUUAAACCCUAAGUGAGAAGAUAAUGUAACAUCAUUCUAGUUUUAAUGGUAUGUGCCUACACAAAUACAUCUAUAUAUGAACUCCUGCUAUGUAUAUAAAACCAAUAUCAAAGUUUGCGAUCUGUUUAGAAGUAGUACAUAGGCAGGGAUAAUUUGGACAUUUGCUAUUGUGCUAUAUUCAUGCAAUCAUGAAAUAUGACAUGCUGAUAACAGUUGCCUAUUUGUCUGUAAUUUUGAAUUCUGCAACCCUAUAUUAAGGUUUUGGGACUGUUAUAUAAAUUGUGCAUAGAUGGUUUCCUUGGAUUAGAUGUGGUCCAUUGAUUGGAUGUGGUCCUUUUUAUAAACCCUCAUGCCUUGUAAUUACAAAGAGAAAGUGUACAUCUGUUUAAAGCAAUAUACCUUAGACACAUGCAUUAUUUGUUAAUCAAAGAACAAAGAAACCAGGUGUAUCCAAGUGAUUCCUAUAACUGAUACAAUCUUUAUUCAGCUGUAUUUGUAAAUUGGUAGUUUCAUGAUUGAUUAUGUCCGAACUUUAAUGAAAAGAAAAUAUUUUCUUGCUUUGUACUUUUGAAGGCAUUGCUGUGGCAUGUCAAUGCAUGGCUCAGUGUUCUCAAAAUAUAAUUAGUGUUAUGGAUUAAUGUUAUUAACUUGUAAUGAAUGGCUACAUGGAGGCACUCAUAAUUAAAGUACAGUAUAGUCACCAGAACAGCUUAAUGUAGUUGUUCUCGUGUCUAUAGCCUGUCCCUGCAGACUUUUCAAUAUAAACACUGCCAUUUCAGAGAAAAGGCAGUGUUUACAUUGCUGCCUAGUAACACCUAGUGGCAGUCACUCAGAUGACUGCUAGAGGUGAUUUCUAGUCCAGUGGUGCACAGGGGGCACGCGCCUACAUUCAGCGUCUCCACGCUCUUUAUGGAGACACUGAACAUUCCCCAUAGAGGUGCAUUGAUUCAAGGCAUCUCUAUGAGGAGAUGAUGAUUGGCGCAGUGCAGCAUUUCUCCAUGCAUGCGCAAAAGCCUCCCAAAGUUUUCUUAUUGGAAAGCAUUGGAUUGGCUGAUAUAAUCAACCCCCUCUGUUCCUGUACGUCCAGUGGUCUGAUCUCAAUUAUGUGUCUGUUAGUCCACCCAUUGUACAGCGCUACAGAAUAUGUUGGCGCUAUAUAAAUAAUAAAAUAAUAAUAAUAAUAAUCUCAGCCAUGGAGGUGGGGCCAGCCACGACAAGACUGUCGCAGUAUUGGAGAAAAGGUGAGUAAAAUCAGUGAUUCGGUCACCUAAAAUGCCACAUCAGGACUAUAGUGUCAGAAAUACAUGCUUAACAGUGUUCCUUUAAAUCACAACCCCUUUUUUAUAUUUGCCAUGUCUAUUGAGUUUAAAAGGGGCACUAUAAGCACCAAAACAACUUUAGAUGAAUGGAGGGGUUUUGAUGUAUAUAUCAUGCCCUGCAGUCUCACUUAUCAAUUCUGUGCCAAACUCGUUUUCCUGGCACUAUAGUGCCCUGAGGGUGCCCGCCAGGCUGAAGUUGGAGGAAGGGGGUUAAACACUCACCUUUCUCCAGCGCCGGGCUCCCUCGGCGCUGGGGACUCUCCUUCUCCUUUGGACGUCAUCAGCUGAAUACGUAUGUGUGGCAAGAGCCGCGCGCGCAUUCAGCCAGUCCAUAGUAAAGCAUUUCUCAAUGCUUUCUUAUGGACGCUGGCGUCUUCUCACUGUGAAAGUCACAGUGAGAAGCGUGGAAGCGCCUCUAGCGGCUGUCAAUGAGGUUGGAUUAACCCUAGUGUAAACGUAGCAAUUUCUCUGAAACUGCUAUGUUUACAUUAGGCAGGGUUAAUCCUAGAUGGGCCUGGCACCCAGACCACUUCAUUAAGUGGUCUGGGUGCCUAUAGUGUCCUUUAAAGCAUUUUGCAGCCUUAGCCACACCUUCCCUACAUGUGACAGUCUCCCUAAACAUUACCUGUAAAAAAGAUGUGAUGUUUAAACUGCCUUUAUUGCACUGCCUGUUUAACUUAACUCUUAUGUCAUGCAAUGUUAAUAGUCUGGAGGAGUCUUAUGUGUGUGAUUAAAAUUCAAUUAACAGAGCAGAAGACAAAAACCCAGUAAAGUAAACACACUGUACUGAUUGCACUAUAGGCACCCAGACCACUUCAGCUCAAUGAGGGGGUCUGGGCGCUAGGACCAUCUAGGGUUAACCCUGCAGCUGAAAACAUAGCAGUUUCAGAGAAACUGCUAUGUUUACAUUAGGGUUAAUCCAGCUUCUAGUGGCUGUCUCAUUGACAGCCGCUAGAGGCGCUUCCGCGCUUCUCAUUGUGAUUUUCACAGUGAGAAGAUGCCAGCGUCUAUUGGAAAGCAUUGAGAAUGCUUUCCUAUGGAAUGACAGAAUUCGCGUGCGGCUCUUGCCGCGCAUACUCAUUCAGCCGAUGACGUCGGAAAGGGGAGGAGAGUCCCCAGCACCGAGGGAGCCCGGCGCUGGAGAAAGGUUAUAAUUUAACCCCUUCCUUCCCCUAGAGCCCAGCGGGAGGGGGGCCAUGAGGGUGGGGGGGACCCAUUAACACUAUAGUGCCAGGAAAACUAGUUUGUUUUCCUGGCACUAUAAUGGUCCUUUAAACUAUUUUUGAUAGAUGGUGUGUCAGUCACGGCCAGGAGAGGUGUGGUAAGGCCUGCAUAAAUGGAGACUAUUGUGGUUUAACUCCUAACUGGCAGAUAAUUGAGCAGUGAGACUGAAGGGACAUUAUCCAUAUACCAUAACUGCUUCAUUAGGCUAAAGUUGUUUUGGUGUUUAUAGUGUCUCUUUAAAGGGACACUCCACUGCCUAAAUUAGAGAAUAUAUAAAAAUCACUUUUUAGUGGAUGUACCCUUAAUGAAAACAAUGUAUGUAUUUAUGUAUGCAGGUAUAUCUAAAACAGCUUGUAAACGCUGCAGAUCUCUUUCCUAAAUCCUUUACACUCACAUCUUUCUGUGGCUGUCCAAUCACAGACUUCCCAAUGCAGCUCAAUAAGACGUCUUUGCAAGGCAGGUGACCUGAGUAAUUGCUGCUUCUUUAGUUUAGCUCAAUAGCGCUAACCAAACCAGGAAGUAAUAGGACCUGUUGUGUGCUUAAAAGCCAAAGGGAUGUAACCAGGUUAAUUUGUAAAAGUGCUAAUUUCGGUUGAAAUCUUCACUUUAUGCAACAUGGGGAUAAUCUUCACUUUAUGCAACAUAAAGACUCUGAACACAUAAAGUAUUUCAGCAAGCUAAGUAUCCGUUUAAACUAGAUUGAAUUUUGACAUAAAUACAGAGGUGACAUUGAUCAAAGAAUUGCAAACAUUUGGACAAUUUAAAUGAACGGAUAAAAUCAGCUGCUCAACUGUUUUGGCCUGCGAUUUCCAUGCCAGUUCUCCAUAAUUCACAAAUUUAAAUUGAGCACCAGUGUUUAUACACUAAACCCCAAAUUUUAUUAAAUCUGAAAACUGAAGUGCAAUAUUUAGACUAAAAUAAAUGUUUUUGAAAUUUCUCCAAAUUUUUGCUAAGAGGUUUUCUUUUCAAUUGAUUCCCUCAUUACUAGCUGCGCCUUCACAUUUUUAAAUAAUGCAGGCUCAUAACAUAGCUUUAUUUUAUUAUUAUUAUUAUUAUUAAUAUUGCCAUUUAUAUAGUGCCAAGAGAUUCCAUAGAAUCUUACAAUAUUAUGAGAGGGGGGAUGACUUACAGGAACGAUAGAUUGAAGAGGACCUUACAGUCUAUAUUAUUUAAGAAUGUUGCUGCAUUGGUGAAUCUGUAAAAUGUAGAAAGGAAAUUAUUUUGCAUGUUUGUAUUUCCUUUAUGUUUAUAUUUGACGUUUACUUUAUUAUGUCUACAAAUUAUUGUUUAUGAUUUUGCAAAACAUUUAGUCAAAUGCUGACUAACAACCACAAAGCCUUCGCAAACAUUGCCCACAUUAUUUCCCUAGUCUUAUCUCCACAUACUCUCCCAGCCUCCCUGGUAGCUCACAAUUUUCACCUUUCAUCUUUUACAUCACCUCCUCCUACUCCUGUCUCCAGGACUUUUCCCAUGGUGCAACUAUUCUUUGGAAUUCCUGCCCUCAUUCUGCCAGCCUCUCCCUCGCAUUCCAUAGCUUCAAAGUUUCCUGAAAACCCACCUAUUCAAAGACUCUUUUUUUUUUCUUCUUUCUAUUCUGUGCUGUACAGAUUUUUACCUGGCUUCCAUCUAACCAGCCCAUCUCUCCAAUGGUUGUCUCUUACAAUUUUAUUUUUCUGUCCUAUGCCGCCCCAUCACGUUCUAUCUCUAAUUCUCCCAAAAGUCCUUUAAGACUGGAUGUUCUCAAGAGCAGGACUCACAGUCCAUCUGUACAAUUUUACCCAUGUGCAUGUUAUAUUUUUACUGUUCUACUAAUUUGUCACAGUAAAAAACACAAGAAAAUGGGAAGUGCAAUAAAUACCACCUAUACAUACUGUGUAAUACCUUCCUGCGCAGUUAAAGGACCACUAUAGUCACCCAGACUACUUCAGCUCAAUGAAGUGGUCUGUGUACCAGGUCCCCCAGGUUUUAACCUUUCAGAUGUAAACAUAGAAGUUUCAGAGAAACUGCUAUGUUUACAUUGCAGGGAUAUUCCAGCCUCUAGUGGCUGUCUUCCUGACAGCCGCUAAAGGCGCUUCCCCAAAAAUCGCAUUGAGCACGCAGAACGUCCAUAGGAAAGCAUUGAGAAAUGCCUUCCUAUGGGCGUUUUUAAUGCACGCAUGGCUCUGGCCGUGCAUGCGAAUUCAGCUUCACUCAGGAGUUGAUGUUGGAGGGGGAGGAGAGGUCACCAGCGCUGAGGAAAGGUAAGUGGUUGGGGGGGACCUAAGGUUUAUAUAGUGUCAGGAAAACGAGUUUGUUUUCCUGACACUAUAGUGGUCCUUUACGGAUUAACACACAUCAACAUUUAAAUCACGAUGGAAAAGAGAGAAAUAAAGAACAAAACUCUCCUAGUGUAGCUGUAUAACUGCUAAUACACUGUUUAAAUACAAAUGCUCACUGACACUUUACUGAGUGGAGCAGUCACCAUGGAAACUAAUAGAAAACUAUAAACAUUUUAUCACUUGGAAUCCACACAUUUUUUCCUUGGUAAUUCUCCCCAUAUGUGUGCUAUCAGCACCAGAACAUGAUAAUGCAGGAAUUUUGACUUCCACUUUAAAUGAAGUAUAUGAGAGCAGAUUCCCAGUGGUUCCCCAGUGUUUGAAGUUCUACAGAGUUGUGGAAUUUUGUGUGUUUAUCUGAUUAAUGUCAAGCACUUCCCUGUAAGCUCUUUGGUACACAAUUUAAAGUAAAGCCUAUUCAAUAAAUGCAAGCUUUAAAUAGUGCUUAAGUUAACUCACAUUUUAUAUAUAAAAUAUCCGUUGUUGAGGGAACAAAUAUCGUCUUCAAUCUGUAACAGAGAAAAAAAAUUGCCUACUUGUCUUGGGUCCUAUGAAAAAUAGCAUCCUUAUUCUCAUGAGAUGAUUUUAUUAAAAAAUCUCUCUAGAUUUCAAAAGGGCUAAACCCGCUUUGAUUUUGAAGUACCCUUGUUGUAGCAAUAUAUUGUUGUUUGCUAAAUAAUAAUAAUUUUAAAAAAAUAACAUCCGUCUCUAUCAGCGUGCUUUAGAAUUGUUUUAGAAUAUGUGAUUAUGUCUAAACAGAUACCUUUACAUAAAUAGAAUAAUCAAUGUACUUAAUGUGUCAUACUUGUAUACAUAUAAUUGAAAGUAAUUUGAACACUGCCGCUUUAAAGGCCCAAUCCCACAUCCAUCCCUGCAACAAGAAGGCCAUUUAAUUUUACUCGUUUUUUUUUAGGUACUUGUUUUAAUUAUUUUUAACAGGUUAUUUUGGUUAGUAUAAUUUUGGAUUAGGUGAAUUAAAGUUUGCUGGUAUUAUAAAAAUAGAUCUACCUCUAAAAUAAAUUUAUCAGAGGAGAUUUCUCAACAAAUCCUUGUCUUCCGAUGUGGCACUAAACCUUGUUUAGCAGCUAUUGUGAUGAGUUUUGCAGUUGGUUGGUUAGAGCAGUGGUCACUGCCUUAGAAGCCCAAUCGAGAAGGUUUGAAUCCAAGUCAGACCACUUCACCAGUAAUUGUCCUUUGGCAAGAUACAUAAAACUAUAUAUAGCAGCCUACCUUAAAUCCUUAUAGUUUGUAAGCUUGUUUGAGCAGAGCCUUCCCCACCCCUUUCUAUAAUUGUAAAGCACUCACGGUGGAAAAUACUGUAUAGAUACCAAUAGUAAUCCAGCAGUCACAAUAACCCAUGUUCUGUAUCCUGUAAUGACCUGCUGUGUAUGGACAGGUUUCUGUUUUGGCCCUUCCAGCAUUUAAAGGAAUGCUAUAGUGUUAGGAACUUUGACACUAAAGUGUUUCCUUGCCCUGUCCCCUUGCGGCACAUUUAGGGUUAAAUAACACCUUCUUUUAUUCACCUGAUUCUAGGUGCAGAGGGGAAACCUAAUGUGCAUGCUUGGUGAGCGCUGUGUGCAAAUUAGUCCUUCCCCAUAGGAAAGCAUUGGAUCAGUCCUUUCCUAUGGGGAUUUUGAAGAUGCUGGACAUACUCAUGCAAAGCGUGAGGACAUCUAGCUUCAUUUCACAUAGUCAAACUCUGUGACACAGCAAGAAGUGUGCUUAGUGGCUGACUGGUAGACACCCACUAGAGGCAGUUUUAGCCCUGCAAUGUAAAAAAUUGCCAUUUCUGUGAAACCUUUGCAAAGUUAAAGGGGAAAGGAAAACUGCACAGACACGAUUUUAAUGAGCUGAAGUGGUCUGUGCGCCUUUAGGGUCUCUUUAAAGAUAUGAAUAAUUGCCAAUACAUACACGCCUUUGUUCCCCUCAGGGAUUGUAAUUGUGUUGCACAUUUUAAGGCUUUUAAGAGUCAAAUUGCCUUUUUACUUGAAAUCACUUUUGCAUGUCUGUAGGCCUUUAUUUUAUGACCUCUUAAACUGUAAACAAAGCCUCUGACACCCACUGCAGAUCCUGUUCUUUUAAAAGUCCUCUUUGUUGACUUUACAAUGGGUUAUUCAUCUUUUUGGUUACAUAAGAGUUGAAAGCUAUGAUUUUACAUACUAAAUAUCAGGCCUUAAAUGGUGACUGUUCAGUACACAUCCAAUUAAAAUGGUUUUAUUCAUACAAAAACAUUUGAGGGCUUGCCCUGAUCAAUGCACAGUGGCCAAUGAUUUUAAUUGGGCACAUACAGACAUCUAAGUUUUGAAGCGGUUUAAAGUCAAGUUCCAUUUUCAAUUGGAUGCCAAGAGGAGUAACAUCCGUGAACACAGAGAUUAAAAUAUUCAUUGCAGUUGGAUUUUCUAAGGAGCUGAGGCAUUCUAGGACAACAUUUGUAGAAUUUCGGAUGUUGCUUAAAUUUUCUUCAGUGAAGGAGAGAUUAUAACCUAUCAUGACCUUUAUUUCCAUAGGAAAUGUUUUUUUAUGGAAAUGCUGUCAUGAAAGAACUUUUAAAUAACACAUAGAUCUCUAUAUGAGCCCUAGUUUAUUCCUUAGUAUGCAAAAACAGCCCACACAGAAACUUGCUGAGUGUUUUCAUUUUGUAAGCAAGAAUGGAAAUGUGAUGAUAAAAGGUACUAUUGAUAUCAAUGUAACUGCCAAUACCUGCAUUGUAAUACCUCUCCUAAUACCCUAAACACAUUCUCUAAGAAAAUAAUUCUACCAGCUCUUUCUAGUUAUAUAGAGUCAUCAGCCCCUCUCUAUUUUUAAUAGGGGUAACUCAAUACUUUAUACAUUUUAAUUUUAUUAAGUUUACCAGAGAUCAGAUAUUGAAUGUAGCCUGCAGUGAAUCAUGUGCACCCUGCUAUAUGGCCAUUUUUACAUGAAUUGAUAAAAUACCAUAGCAGGAAAUGGCGUUUUUUCUAGAGACUUGAUAUUUCCAUUUUGUUGACAUUUAAACUUGUUCCCACUUGUGAGAAUGCUGCCAGAAGUACUUGAAAAAAUAAAUAAAUAAAAAUAAAUCAGACAAGUUGGGAAAAAAAUAACUUUUCCAGGACCACAUAGAAUGACAUCAUUUCAUUUUUCUUGUAUAAAAAGUUAAUAUAUUGAUGAAAUAAUACAUUUUAAUAGUUUUAUAUAUGUACUUAAUAUUGUGCUAGAAAUGCAUACCAAUUUUCGGCAGUAAAAGUCUGCACGUAUUAAAAAAAUAGCAAACCUCCAUUUUGUAAAUGUGCUCAUUAAGUCGCUGCUUGUUUUUUUUUAUUGUAGUAAUACUGUGCGGAGCGGCCUAUUCCCAGGAGCCAGAUUUUAGCCAUGGCUGUGCGGAAGGCAGCUGCUAUCCAGCCACUGGAGACCUCCUGAUUGGACGCGCAGAUCAGCUCACCGCUUCAUCUACAUGUGGUAUCCAAAAGCCAGAGUCGUUCUGCAUCGUUAGCCAUCUUCAGGUAAUAAUACAUGGUUUCCAUUUCCAGAAUGAUGGCAUUUCUUUUGCUCCCAUCACGCUUACAAAACUUGGUAGUCUGAGUUUUCUCAUGAAAUUUGAGCAAGGAAGAAUGCACACAACAAAUCCUAUGGGGGAUUGACAACCUUUCCCAGGCAUGGCUGAGGCUCUCCCCCUCAACAUUUCCCAUUAAACAGAAAACAUCUGGCUGGAGGCUGGGCAGUAAUGUGAAUAUUCACACACAUAUGCAUUGUUUGAGCAGUUGCAUCUGUUUAGUGUUUCCUGCUCCAGUUUACAUUGCUUUUAGAUUGGAAGGCCUUUCAUUGUCUAAUUAACUCCUUAUUUGCUAAACACUAUUGGAUAGCACCAUGUACUCUAAAUGAUGUUGUAAAAGACAUUGGGUUAUGAGUUUUCCAGUGACAUGACUAUAUUGUACUAAAUAUUAAAUUAUUUUAAAAUAUUUUUACAGUAAGGUAUAUAGCUUUACAGUAUUAUUUUGAAACUGGACAAAAUUGUUGUUAUGAGACUUAAACGGCAAUUUGUUACUUCUAUUCGGUCGGAAUUAAACACUGCAAUCAAAUGCAUCCAGUACAAACAUGUCGUAAGACAUAAGUUGAAGAGAUGAGAUCUAGUCAACACUUAGUGUCACUUAGAACCAAAAGAUUCCUUCGGAGACAACUGUUUCUCUUUGAAUUCCAGAGCAUGUUGUUUCUCUGAUUUCCAGAGAGAUGUCUAGACAAUUUCCUGAAUACUGUAAUUUCCUUUUUCUUCUGCACUCUGGCUAAUUUUUUGGAGAGUCCUAUGAAGUUAUACAGCGAAAACAUUGUCUCAAGAUCAGAGAUAAGAGAACAAAUUUGAAAUAUUUAAUCAAUUAAUCAGUAUAAUAAUGUAAAGCUGUUAUUUUUAUCAUGGAUCACUGUGCAGCUAGAUACAUUUCACUUGUCUAUAUCAAUUUUGGUUUUCUGUUUACUUGUUCUGGCAGGAUAUUUUUUUGUGAUUGUUCAGAAUUGAAGGCCCAUCCAGAAAGAGUGUUACAUUAAAUCUACGCCAGGCCAGUCUAUGAGAAAACAGAAAUUAGAGUCCAGUCUACACAAAAAAAUCACAUCACUGUCAUUAGGCAGAAUUCCAGGGAAGAUUCUCAAGCACAGUUUCCUAGAGUUUGCAUUAUUUUGGGGUGUCUUUAAAGGUAAAUUGGUAUCAAUGGGCAUAGCUGAAUUUAUCUCUUGCAUGCCCUCUCUACCCCAGCCCUAUCUAAUUCAUAACAAAAGCCAAAAUGUGUCCUUACUGCAUCUUGCUAAAAAUAAGCCGACCUUAAGAAUAACUCAACAUCAUAAAUGAGUUUCAAUGUUUACUCCAACACUACUUUAUUUUGAGUGUGGUGUUAAGACAACUCUCCCCGUUUGUGAGUCCUCAAGAAUUUACAUUGACGAAAGUAAUAUCUAUGUUUAUGGAAACCUUGUUAAUAGCUGCUUGUCUUUGUCAGGAAUCUCAUGUUACAUUGUAUAAAACAUUCUUAUCAUUUUUUUUUAGGAGGAGAAAAAGUGUUUUAUAUGUGAUUCCAGGGAGAGUUAUAAUGAAUAUACUAAUACAGAAAGUCAUCGCAUUGAAAAUUUAGUUACUUCUUUUUCACCAAACCGUCAUGAUUUAUGGUGGCAGUCAGAAAAUGGUAAGUAGCUUUAAUGGAGUUGUUUCUUAAAGGACCACUAUAGUGCCAGGAAAACAUACUCGUUUUCCUGGAACUAUAGUGCCCUGAGGGUGCCCCGCCCGGCUCUGGAAGGGGGAAAGGGGUUAAAACUUACCUUUUUCCAGCGCUGGGCGGAGAGCUCUCCUCCUCCGAUCCUCCUCUUCUCCUCCCCGUCGGCUGAAUGCGCACGCGCGGCAAGAGCUGCGCGCGCAUUCAGUCGGUCACAUAGGAAAGCAUUCAUAAUGCUUUCCUAUGGACGCUGGCGUGCUCUCACUGUGAAUAUCACAGUGAGAAGCACGCAAGCGCCUCUAGCCUGUCAAUGAGACAGCCGCUAGAGGAAAUAGGGGAAGGCUUAACCCAUUCAUAAACAUAGCAGUUUCUCUGAAACUGCUAUGUUUAUGAAAAAAUGGGUUAACCCUAGCUGGACCUGGCACCCAGACCACUUCAUUAAGCUGAAGUGGUCUGGGUGCCUAGAGUGGUCCUUUAAACUCUAAAUUGGGACUUCAAUUAGGGUCCCACUGGUUGAAAUGGGCAAAUCGGCCUCCAUGCAGUUUCCCUAAAUAACUGGUUUGCAAUAGCAGCUCAAACUUGCUCUGUCUAGUGGAGAGUCCUCUGACAAUGAAAAGAGUCUAGGUGAAGAAGGUUUUCUGCAGACCUUCUCCUAUGUAUACAUUACAUUAUUACUGAAGAAUGGGUCAGUUUUUUUUUUUGUUUUUUUUUUGUGGAAUUCAUUUUAAUUAUUAUUCUUAUGAUAUGGCUUUACAACAAACUAAACAGUAUGGUAUAUCUUCUGUAAAAAAACGCAAUUAGAAAAUGCACAAACCCUCAAAACGAGCCAGGUUCCUUUUAAUAUGUGUAGAAUAGGUUGUCCAACUAAUGCCAUGUACGUAGUUUCUGUCCCUGUGAAGAAAGAAUAAGAACCAUUGCAUUGUAUUGUACCCUGCAUUGUACACUAUGGAUUACUGACGUUCUGAUUCACUUUUACGUCAUAUUUAUAUUUAUGUUUGACGUUGAUAUACGUGUUUUCUAUGUUUAAGUAUAUUAAGAUACACGCUUAUUACAUUCCAAGAUAACUACUAGCUAGUAAUGCAAUCUUUAUUUGCUUUCUAUCUGCUAAACGGACAGUUUUACUUUUCUUUCCUUUAGUUCUAAAGCCAUUUUCCGUUGAUGUUACUGUCUGGAUUGAAAUUACUAUUAUUAUUAUUAUUGCCAUUUAUAUAGCGCCAACAGAUUCCGUAGCGCUUUACAAUGUUAUGAAAGGGGGGUUUAACUAUAAAUAGGACAAUUACAAAAAAACUUACAGGAACGAUAGGUUGGAGAGGACCCUGCUCAAACCAGCUUACAUUCUAUAGAAAUGCCCUGUGUUUAAGAUACCUAUAACAGGAAUCAGAUAUUCAUGAUUUUACUUAUUAUCUUUCAAAAGGAAAGGAAAAUGUCACAGUCCAGCUGGAUCUUGAAGCCGAAUUCCAUUUCACUCAUCUCAUCAUGACCUUUAAGGUAAGGAAUCCGUGACAUCUUGUUAAAGAUAAAAUUACUACCAGUGUGGAACUCUUCUAUACAAGGGGGCAUUGUUAUGGCACUAGAUGGUAUGCAUUUAGCAUGUUGACAUGAAAACAGGGUAGUGGGAGUAUUUCAGACUCAAUAUGCUAUAAUAUAUGUUAUGUAGUUCGUCUUGUGAAACGAUCUAAAUGAUGCAUUGAGAUCUGUGAUAAUAUACAGUUGCAAGAAAAAGUAUGUGAACCUUUUGGAAUGAUAUGGAUUUCUGCACAAAUUGGUCAUAAAAUGUGAUCUGAUCAUCAUCUAAGUCACAACAAUGGACAAUCACAGUCUGCUUAAACUAAUAACACACAAAGAAUGAAAUGUUGCCAUGUUUUUAUUGAACACACCAUGUAAACAUUCACAGUGCAGGUGGAAAAAGUAUGUGAACCCUUGGAUUUAAUAACUGAUUGAACCUCCUUUGGCAGCAAUAACUUCAACCAAACGUUUCCUGUAGUUGCAGAUCAGACCUGCACAACGGUCAGGAUUAAUUCUUGAUCAUUCCUCUUUACAGAACUGUUUCAGUUCAGCAAUAUUCUUGGGAUGUCUGGUGUGAAUCGCUUUCUUGAGGUCAUGCCACAGCAUCUCAAUCGGGUUGAGGUCAGGACUCUGACUGGGCCACUUCAUAAGGCGUAUUUUCUUCUGUUAAAGCCAUUCUGUUGUUGAUUUACUUCUAUGCUUUGGGUUAUAGUCCUGUUGCAACACCCAUCUUCUGUUGAGUUUCAGCUGGUAGACAGAUGGCCUUAAAUUCUCCUGCAAAAUGUCUUGAUAAACAUGGGAAUUCAUUUUUCCUUCGAUGAUAGCAAAGCAGCCCCAAACCAUGAUGCCCCACCACCAUACUUCACAGUUGGGAUGAGGUUUUGAUGUUGGUGUGCUGUGCCUUUUUUUCGCCACACUUUGUGUUGUGUAUUUCUUCCAAACAACUCAACUUUGGUUUCAUCUGUCCACAGAAUAUUUUGCCAGUACUGCUGUGGAACAUCCAGGUGCUCUUGUGCAAACUGUAAACGUGCAGCAAUGUUUUGUUUGGACAGCAGUGGCUUCCUCUGUGGUAUCCUCCCAUUAAUCCAUUCUUGUUUAGUGUUUUAUAUUGUAGAUUCACUAACAGGGAUGUUAGCAUUUGCCAGUGACUUUUGUAAGUCUUUAGCUGACACUCUAGGAUUCUUCUUCACCUCAUUGAGCAGUCUGCGCUGUGCUCUUGCAGUCAUCUUUACUGGACGGCCACUCCUAGGGAGAGUAGCAGCAGUGCUGAACUUUCUCCAUUUAUAGACAAUUUGUCUUACCGUGGACUGAUGAACAGGAAGGCUUUUGGAGAUACUUUUAUAACCCUUUCCAGCUUCAUGCAAGUCAACAAGUCUUAAUCGUAGGUCUUCUGAGAGCUCUUAUGUGCAAGGCAUCAUUCACAUCAGGCAAUGCUUCUUGUGAAAAGCAAACCCAGAACUGGUGUGUGUUUUUUAUAGGGCAGCUGUAACCAACACCUCCAAUCUCAUCUCAUUGAUUGAACUCCAGUUGGCUGACAUCUCACUCCAAUUAGCUCUUGGAGAUGUCAUUAGUCUAGGGGUUCACAUACUUUUUCCACCUGCACUGUGAAUGUUUACAUGGUGUGUUCAAUAAAAACAUGGCAACAUUUCAUUCUUUGUGUGUUAUUAGUUUAAGCAGACUGUGAUUGUCUAUUGUUGUGACUUAGAUAAUGAUCAGAUCACAUUUUAUGACCAAUUUGUGCAGAAAUCCAUAUCAUUCCAAAGGGUUCACAUACUUUUUCUUGCAACUGUAUAAAACAUUGUAUGUCAAAAAAGGUAUUGGGCUUUUUCUGCCAAUCUGCUCAGGCAUCUGUUUAGUUACACAUUUUUGUGGCACUAAAAAAAAAAUAUAAAGCAAUGAAACUUAUGCCUAAACAAUGUCUUUGUUUUACUUCCAAACAGAUGUGUAGAAAUAACAACAUUUGGUGUUUAACAUACAGAUCACAUUAUAGUAGACAGAUGGAUUUCAAACUGUAACAAUAAUCUUGCUUUUCUGGCAGACUCUGAUGAAUACUAGUGCUUUUGGCAGAUAAUGACUUUUCUUUGCAUAAUCAGUUGAAUAUUUUUUCAAGCAGAUGUUUACAUUGAAAUUGUUUAUUAAAAAAAAUGUCUAAUGUGAUUGUUUUAGACAUUCCGGCCAUCUGCAAUGUCAAUAGAAAGAUCUUCAGAUUUUGGAAAAACAUGGAAGGUAUACAGAUAUUUUGCAUAUGAUUGUGAGUCCUCAUUCCCUGGUAUAUCCACUGGGCCAAUGAAGAGUGUAGAUGACAUCAUCUGUGACUCCAGAUAUUCCGACAUUGAACCUUCAACAGAAGGAGAGGUAUAUUAUUAUUUUCCUUUUGAUUAAUAGUUAAGGUACUUUUCUAAGAUAUUUCCGAUUACUUUUAUUGCACAUUGUGAUUUUCUUGUGCUGUCUUGUGGUUUAGGUAAUUUAUCGUGUCUUGGAUCCAGCUUUCCGAAUUGAAGACCCCUACAGUGUGAAGAUUAAAAGUGAGUAUUUUUAAAUACUAAGAUGUAUUACAAGGUUUUAAAUAGUUUACAGCACUGAUUGUGGAAUUUGUUACAUUAAAGUGAUACUCCAAGCACCACAACCACAACAGCACACUGUAGUGGUUAUGGCACAACAAGUUCAAUGACACAAUUCACAAGUAGACUUUCAAACCAUUAAAAAUAUAUAUGUUUGACACCUACCUCUCUUUGUCGAAUCUUUGCACUGCUUCCAGUCUGAACUUGUUUGUUGAAGCUGGUUUUGGGAAAGUUCAUAAUUCCACAAUAUCAUAUCAGCUCAUACCAAACUGGGACAUUAUUCAUUGUUUGGAGCAUCAGCUGACGGCCAAUAAAUAAGGUCCCACUUGGUUUGAGUUGGCAUGAUAAUGCUGAGGCAGGAAAUUCCAAUUUAACAUACAGCUCAAAAUGGAAGCAGCACAGGCGACCAGGAGGAACAGGUAAGUGUCAAAUAAUGUUUACCAGUUUACUAUUGGAUUGUACUAAGGGACUCCUGACACCAUAAACACUACAUUGCACUGUAAUGGUUAUGUGUGAAGAAUGUCCCUUUAAUAAAAUAUUAAACAGCACAAAUUGUGUUUUCAUAAUUCAGGUACACCUUAAUGCUGUACUAUAAAGCAUUGUUUUCUUUGUAAAUAUUUUACAACAAAAUAUAUGAGGUAUUCUUCAGGUUUCCUUCACCAAAGUACAAUGAUACAGGAGACCUAGGAGGGCAAAACCAAAUAAAAUGACCAUAAGAUGUGUUAGUGUGUCUAGUAUCCUAAAGCAAUUUACAUUAUUAAGUAUUAAUUCAACAUUCUUUUUAAAGGUCUAUUGAGGAUUACAAAUUUAAGAAUCAAGUUCUUAAAGCUACACACUCUGGGAGACAAUUUGCUGGAUUCAAGAGUGGAAAUUACCGAAAAAUACUAUUAUGCCAUUUAUGACAUGGUUGUUCGUGGUAACUGUUUCUGUUAUGGACAUGCUAGUGAGUGUGCACCAGUGAAAGGCUAUCCUGACAACGUGGAAGGAAUGGUAAGCAUAUCUUUUCGAUCUUUUAAAAUGAUUUGAAUUUUUUUAAUGAAAAAUCAGUCUAAUUUUUACAAAAGGUUUUACAUAAAUAUGACUAAAAAAGUGUUCAGCCAUUAAAAAUAUUUAUUGUUGCACUUCCAUUCCUUGGAUGCUAUGCUUAGGAACUGCUUUGAACUACCAAAAUGCAACUGGACAUGUAUUAUAGUAGCCAUCUUUGAGGAUGCAGAAGCUAUCUUUAGUUCAGUAUCUUGUAUGGUUGAUGUGUAUACAUCAGCGGUGGAACUACCGCCGGUUUGGCUGCACUGGUGACUGCACGCUUGAGGGGCCCAUCGGGUGGCUCAAACACUGAGGACCACCCAAUGGAUAUUGCUGAACAGGGGCAUGGUCAGGUGCCUUGCGCUUUUAACAGCGCAAAUGGCCCCUUUCACGUAAGUGAUGCUGGGAGGACGUGAGUGCCUGUCACUUCCUGCCAGAGACAGUGACAGCGACGUGCAGGACGCAGAGAAGAGAUGGCUGCAUGGCAGGGAAACAAAAUGAGAUCCAGCUCCACACUUUUUCAUCAGCCUCAGCCAGCAGCAGAACGCCAGGCAAGCCACCCUCCGGCACUCAAAAUGUAUGUUAACAGGAGGGUGGCUGCAAAUAUAAAAAAACAGGCAAGCCAACAUUCGGCACUCAAAAUGUAUGUUAACAGGAGGGUGGCUGCAAAUAUAAAAACAUAUGACCUGUAUCUGUGUGUGUUUUUGUCAGUGUGUGUCAAGGUGUGUGUGUAUGUGUCAUGGUGUGUACAUAUGUGUGUGUUAAUGUGUAGGUAUAUCUGUGUAAGUGCAUAUGUGCAUACAUUCCAGCAAUCUAACACCAACACCACAUACAAACACAUCCCUGCAUUAAAACGCAAACACUACACAUACGUGCACCACUGCAUUUCAUAGGCAAUAGUACAUACAAAUACAACCCUACAUACAAACACAUGCUUGCAUUCAAACGCACAAACAUUACUCACAAAUACAACCCUGCAAGAAUGGGCAAAAGUUAGAUCCUUAUAUGACAGAUGGGGAUCUACCUUUUGACCACCAUUGCUCUAGAGUGGGCAAAAACAUUUCUUGCACCUCUCUACAUUGGUUUUGCCACUGGUACACAUUAUAUCUUAAUACAACAAAAUGAUCAGAAUUAUCACUAUACUAUCCCAACCUGCUUCCUACCUCCAUGUUUAAAUUCUACCUCUUGGUAAUCCUGUGGAUGAAAUAUUGCAGCAUGCAUGAUUCUUUAUAACCUGUAGCUCGACAAGCUCAGGGCAGGUUUUGUGGACUUCCCAUUGCCCCUGAGGCUAUCGACAUUAGAUAGAUCUUGCAGUGUGGGUUUCCAGAUGUGAAUUAGUGUGCUACUGAACAUUGGUAUCAGACAUUUGGAGGUUAAAUCAUCUUCCUUCACCUUAUGAAUUUGCCAGAACCAUUUAUCGCCUAUUGUAUUAAAAUUAAAUAAUUUAAAACCAAUUUACUAUAAUUGCUCAAUCUUUUCCAGUUAUUGCCAAUUAGUAACUGUAUCUGCCUAAGGGUCGUUCUUUGUAAAUGUAUAUUACUACUGAAAUUGUGUCUCUAAACCUUUCAAGCAUGUUAUUUUUUUGGGGGGGAAAUAAAAAGUUUUUUUUUUUUUUUUGCAACUUAAUUAAAACAAGAAGCAUAUAUUUUCACAAUUUCCAUUUAUUUGUAUUCUCUGUUCCCAGGUGCACGGCCGGUGUGUUUGUAGACAUAACACUAAAGGAUUAAAUUGCGAGCAAUGCUUGGACUUUUAUCAUGAUUUGCCUUGGAGACCAGCCGAAGGACGAAGCAGCAAUGCUUGUAAAAGUAUGUUCACAGAUAGUAAAUUUGUCAUUGACAAGUCUGUGGAUAGUAUUUUGUAAGGAUGACAUUAUUAUAGUAUUGACAAACUCUAAACAACAGACAUACUUGAAUUCAAAGUAACACUUUACCACAAAAAAAAUAGUACUUGCUUGAGGCUCUAACCCCAGACAAGCUAAUUAUUCUUGUGCUGUUACUCAUAGUAAAUAUAUUUGACUUUCCAAUACCAUAAUUAGUAAUAGUCAUGUGAUAGUCAGUGCUGAGUGUGUGUGUGAAUUUGCUUAUCUAUGGUGUGUUUUUUUUUUGUCUUUAUUUUUGCAUGACAUGUGUUAAUAAACAUUAUUAAUGGUACAGUGUUAUACAAGCCACACAGAAAACAAUGUUGCUAAUAUUCAAAGUUAUUUAACCGAAUAGUGUUACGUUGUGCAUUCAUAGGUGACAUUGCUACAACCACAACUUAUAAAGUUUGCAAGGUAGCUGUCAUGGUUUUUAUAAUAAGAUUCUCCUUAGAGACCGGGGAGAGGAAGAAGAUAAAAAUUAAAAAGAGAUAGUGAGAAGGAGUAGAGGGGUCCAGUGGACAGGGGGGCGUAGAGACCCUCAGGGUAUAUGUGAGUUGCCCCGCUUAUCCAGCAAUGUUAAGCUCCCAGAGGACUGUUCUACCAUGGAUUCCAAACUUUAUGGAAUGCUUUAGUAGUUCCCCUCACCCUAGCCGUCAGGUUAUCCAUAAGGUGUAUCUCUUUGAUUCUAUUAAUCACUCCUGCAAUAUUCAGGGUCCCUUGUUUCAACCAGGAGAAUGCACUGUCCUCCGUGUGGCCAAGGUUAUUUUAUGAAUGAGUUUUUGUUUGUUUCUAGGCCAACCCUCUGGAUAUAUUUAGCAGAUGUACCCAUGGGGUCUAAUUCCUGGGCCCUAGAGAACACUUGAGUCAACAAAUCCCUAACUAGGAUCCAGUAUCACAUCAUAAGUGGGCACUCCCACCACAUAUGCAAGUACGUCCCCUUCAGGCCACAUCCCCUCCAACAGAUAUCAGUUGUACCAACGGAACAUUGUUUUACAGGAUUGCUCCUGCAGGGUUACGCGAAUAGAAGAGGUAUUCCUAGCCUCCCAUAUCUCUUGCCAUUCAAUACCAUUUUGUUCCUCGCCCAGAUCCUAUUCCCACUGAUCAGUGUAUGUUAGUCUACCCCAUUCCCCGGUCUCCGAGCAGAGGUGAGCGUAAAGCAAAGUAAUAAGACCUUUAGGCAUAAUUUCGGACAUGCAUAUACGUUCAAAGAACUUCAUCAGUUUAUUUGCCGCUUCUUUGAUGUGAGAUUGUUUAAUAAAAUCCCAGAUAUGUAAAGAAAUCGGCAGGUGUAAAGUGCUCCCUUAGCUUAAGGUCAUCAAAAGGUAUGACUUCAGUACCCUGGAAAAGUAGGCCUGCCUGUUCUAGAUUCCGGAAAUCCCUAGCUGUCAUACCAGGGACAAAAGCCCUAUUGCGAAGAUAAGGGAGAAGGGGAUGUCCGUAGUCUCAGGGAGCUGAGAAUUGCCGGACAAGUAACUCUAAGUAUGGGUCUAUAAUGUUUGGGUACCCACAUGAUGAAUUGAGGUAAGUCAGCCCCCAACAUAACCAAUUCUAUAUCCACCCACUUCCUGUCGUCUGCAGGAGGGUGCCACAUUGCUACUUAUUUUAUUUUUUUUGCCAUAUAAAUGUACUGAUUUUUGCCAUAUAAAUGUACUGAUAGCUUGUUGCAAUGGUAGUAAAUGUGCCCUGGUGAGGUGUGGAGGUAGUGCCUGAAACAGGAAAAGGAUUCUUGGCAGAACGUUAUGAUUUCUCAGGGACUGCCGUUAAAUGCAUACUUAAGAAAGCAGUCUUCUAUGUGUAUGUUAUAUAUAUAUCCCGUAUCAGUGCCGUGUCCGCAGCAGGCAUCUCCACCGGAAUCUGGUCUGGGUUUUAGGGUCGUAGCUAGAAGGGUAUCCAUUUUAUUUGCCUUCUCGUAAAAGGUCAGUUUGGACCAAAGUAUUGACUUAGCUGUAUCACCUAAAAGUAGCUCUCUUAUGGAAUGCCUCACCUCUUCCAGUCGUCUAAAAGUCUCUCCCUCAGGGAGUAAUUGGUGCUUUUGUUCUAAUGUUCUUAGUUCGGUCAAAAAUCUUUCUAAUGUUUGAGAGUUCUUUUUCUUCUUGAUAGUCGCUAAUCUUAUAAGAGAUCCCCUCACUACCGUCUUAUGGGCUGCCCAAAUAGUUUCUACUCUCACGUUGGGGGUGUCAUUCGUGUUGGAAAACUCUAUGAUAUCGUUACGGAUCUGCUCUGCGAUCUCUUGGUCUUGAAGUAAGGAUGUAUUAAGUUUGCAUGUCCAUAGGGAUGCUACACAGAGGUUCCCCAGAGUAAUGAACACCACGGCAUGAUCUGACCAUGUAAUGGCACAUACUGCGAGCUUGUAAUGCAUGCUAAGCUACAGCCAUUGACCAAGAAAAGGUCUAUUCUGAAAUAGGUGCGGGGCUGAGUAAAAAGUAUAGUCGGCGUUGCUUGGAUGAUGUGAUCUCCACACAUCUAAAAGGCCCAUGGUGGUCACAAACCCAUUAAAUAAUUUGUCCUGACCUCCCCUCCCCUGAUAUCUAGGUACACCCCUGUGAGCACUUCUGUCUGCAGCAGGGCACCACUGCAUUGAAGUCCCCUCCCGCAUCAUACCGUGUGGAAGUGCCUGUAUCUUGGACGCUUAAUUGUCCCAGAACCCGGGCUCCCACUGAUUCUGCUCGUAUACAUUGAUUAAGUGGAUUGUGUGGGAGAAUAAUUGUGUGGGUGCUGGAUAGUAUGAUAUAGCGCCCAUCCGCAUCUAGUUCGGAUGACGUAAUUCGCAGAGGGCAGCUAUUACGGAUCAAGAUAGCGUCGUCAUUGCACUUAUGGUGUGCCUGAGCUUAAUGAGUCAGUCCAUAUGUAUGGUCCCUUAAUCUAAACUUAACAUGUUUAGGCAAGUGCGUCUCUUGGACGAAGGUAAUAUCCAACUUUAUCCCCUUCAAUUCGCGGAACAAGAGGCGUCUCUUGUUAGGGACGUUAAGACCCUUUACAUUCAGUGAGCUAAUCUUUAUAGCCAUGGUCUAGUUAGCAAUGUUGUGCUAGUGGAUAUGCCCACCUCUGCCCCCUGGAGAUAGUCAUCUGGUAGCCACUCUCACCAUGAUCCAUCAGGCCCCGGAUGAGAAAGGAAGAAAAAAAAGUAGGAAAAGAAAGAUGUCAUGCAAUAUGCAUACCAGACUAGGAAUAAAAGUUGUCUGGUCUUACAAACCGCCAGACCCAUUUGGGGUACAUGGUCCUGCACCCUCAAAGCGCUCGUGAGAGAUGUAGGUCCAUGAACCAUAACCUGUACACGCUGCGGUGCAAUAUUUGUACUCUGUCAAGCCUCUAUAUACAUCACACUGACUUGCAUAAAACAAAAUAAAAAGCAUUGAAAGGAAGAUAUAACAAAAAUUAACAUUGAACAAUUAACAUGCAGUAAUAUGCCCCUGAGCGGAGGCCUCUUCUAUACUCAGGUGAUGUACCGGUAGGUGAGUGACACUGCCCCCCAAGAAUAUGAAGGAGUUGAUGGGUAGGGGGUCCAUGGUGAAGAGGACUUAAAAAAAAACACCUUAAAAAGGACCACUCCUCUGAUACCAUCGGUCACCUGUUCAGCCAAUUGUAAGUUAUAGCCACAGUGACGCCAGCCUUAAAAUGGCUCAGUAAGUUACAACCUGAUAGUGCCUAAUGAAAUAUUUUAAGGGUUUAAUGCAAUAUUGGAAGGACAGGCGUCUGAUUAAACCGCCAAACCUUACAUAGUGCCGACUGCAAGGCUACGGGUAGAGUAGGUCCUCUCACUGAUGGCUACGGACGUAACAUGCCGCUUUGCAAGAAUUUUUCAAGCCUUUAUUUUGUUGCCCUUCAGGACAGUACUUUCCGUCGUUUAGCGUCAAACACACGCUGUAAUCCCUUAAGGUGACCCCUUUAAAUCCUAUCAUGCGGCAUCCAUGAGGCCCCUGGCUUUCCCCACCCAACAAUUUUUAUCUUCACACCACAGAGUGCCCUUUGCAGACUGUGUCACUCCAAGCAGGCCAUAAACACAACCCGCGAGGCCCCCAGCGAAUUACAUGCAUAAUUUUAGUAGGCCUGUGCCCGUUUCCAAGCCUGCCCCAACAGUCCUGUCCCAAAACCCCUGUUACAGAUGUCAGGUGAAAUAUACCUCUAGGCAGUCAUAUCCAGUCCAGUUAGUUGCCAUGCAUCACCUUUUUAGAAGCUUUCAAUGCCCACUUGCUCCAGCCUCCUGCCAUUUUGUCCUCCAGUGUCAACGAAACAGUAGGCAAGUGCAGUGGGGGUGGGAGGCCAAGGCUUCGAAAUAAACGCUGCAGAUCUCCACCAGUUGCAAGCACAUGCACCCAGCCAUCCUGGUACACCAUCAACUUCAAGUAAAAGGCCCUGGCAUAUCUCAGACUGGUCCAUGUAAAGCUUUGGUGAUGGGCUUCCAUUUGCGGCGGCACUGUAAGCUACUAGACGCCAGACCCUGAUAUAAUGAAAGAUUAGUGCCGGCAUGUUUUACAGGCCCUUCCCUGCUCCUCCGAAGCAAGGCUUCCUUUGUCUGGAAAUCGGUGAGUUUGCAUCGGCUCUCCGUGCGCAUAGGGCUCCAUUGGCUGUCCGGUAUGUCGAGUAGCAGAGGCCUGAAUAUGUUGAGAAUAAGUACUUCAAAGGGGUCCCUCCCCAUCCUUCUCUGGAAGGCCCCACCGGCGUACAUUAUUACGCCUCAAACGGUCCUCCACCUCUAAUUCCGUCUCUGCCAUUUGGGCUGUGAGACGGUUCACCUGGGAUAACACAUUGUUAUAAACCUUAGUGGUACUUUCCAGAUGUUCUUCCAGCCACACCCAAAGUGUGAAUCUCAGACUGUAGGACUGCCGUGGACUCUACGAUUUCUCCGGCUAGAUAAGUCCGGACUUCGGCCAGCUUGUUCAAUAUCUGGAUGGUAUCCCCUGAGGAGGGCUCCAUAGAGGAAGCAGCACGAGGUGAGGAUGGUGGAGAAGCCGGGCCCGCUCUGGCACCAUCUUGGUUUUCAGACGGCCUGAUUUUCUGAACAGCAAAUAGAUCCAUUACCGUGGUUCCCAGUUCGGGGCCUUUCUUGGGAUGGUUUUUGGGUUCCACUUUUCCAUUUUUCGUUAUAAAAUUAAAUAUAAGCUGUUGUAUGCUCUUGGCAUUGUGUAAGGAGCAGAGCUCUACACAGACGUGUCCAGCUCGCUCCUUGGUCAGGCCACGCCCUCUAUGGUGUGUGUUUUUUAAUAGCGUACUAUUUAUACGAAUUUUAUGUUUUUGUGGUUUUAAAUACAUAAUACUAUGACAUUCGAGUCUUCUUUUUUUCUAUAUAAAUAUAUUCUAUAAUUCUAUAUAGCAUUAAAUUGUUGAAGUGUGAGGAUUAUAUUCCACAACAGCAAUUGUAGAACAAUUGUGAUUUCAUAGUUUUAUUUAUGUGUGUGUCUGUAUGUGUGUGUGUAUGUAUGUAUGUAUGUAUGUGAGGGAAGAUUGAGGGGAUCAAGCUGAAACGUUGACCGUUUUUAUUUAGAAGGUAAAUAAAAGUUAUAUUUAAUAUAAAGUCCUUGGAGUGCUAUCCUUUAAUUUUUUUUUUUUUUUAUUAUUAUUAUUUUAUAUAUAUAUAUAUAUAUAUAUAUAUAUAUAUAUAUAUAUACAUUACAUAUUAUUCCUGACAUAUGUAAAUGCACUCUGCAUCCAACUACUAUUCCAAGCGUUAUGCAUCACGUUCUGUUGAAACAUUAAAUAUUUAAGAAUUAUUUAAAGGAGAAUACACACCAUUUAUUUGUGUCUCCUUCAUGUAACUCCUAAUGCUUAUCUUCUCCUGCGCGAUUCCUUUGUAGAAUGCAAUUGUAAUGAACAUUCCACGCAGUGCCAUUUUGAUAUGGCUGUUUAUAUGUCGACUGGAAAUACAAGUGGUGGAGUGUGUGAUGACUGCCAACACAACACAGUGGGACGAAACUGUGAACAAUGCAAACCAUUUUUCUACCAGCACCCGGAUAAAGACAUACGUGACCCAAACAUUUGUCAACGUAAGUAGCGCAAUUUUAUUUUAGCUUUAUUGUUUUAACUUUGGGAAGAUUGCCAGGUUUAGCAGUUCAUGAUAUCUUAGAGAAGUGUUUUGUUUACAAUUUUGUAAAAACUCCUCUAUAUGGUAAAAUUUACAAUCACUCUUACUUGAAUGAAGUGUAAGAUAGAAUACAUGCAAUGCUCUGCAAAAUGAAUUUCAUAAUACACAAAAUAGAUUUUAAAAUUGCAUUGUCUUAUGUUUUGGAAAUUAUCUUCUAUCAAAAGAACACAAUAUUGUGUAUGUAUACAUAUAUAGAUAAGCAAGCUUGUCUUACACAUAAUAAAUAUCAUGAUUGUAAAAGACCAUAGCACUAAAUGUUCAAUACUUUCUGUAGCCUGCAAUUGUGACCCAGCUGGUUCCCAGAAUGGUGGCGUUUGUGACCGCUACUCCGACUUCUCAGUUGGCCUUAUUGCUGGGCAGUGUCGCUGCAAGUCAAAUGUUGAAGGAGAGCGAUGUGAUCAGUGCAAGGAAGGCUUCUAUGACUUGAAUGAGCAAGAUCCAGAGGGAUGCCAACGUAUGUACUAUACCAUAUGGAGCCCAUCCAACUUACCAGAUUUGUCCACUGUUAAAAUUAAAUUAUUAUAUGUUCAUGAUGAUUUCCUGUUUUCCUGUUUGUAGCCUGUGGAUGUAAUACUCUAGGAACUAUACCUGGUGGAAACUCCUGUGACUCACAGGAUGGAAGCUGCUAUUGCAAACGCUUUGUUACAGGAAGGAAAUGCGAUCACUGUAUGGUAAUAACCCUAUUUAUCUCAUUGUUGCUGUAGUCUGUGCUGGAAAUACCAGUAAAGAAGAAAUGCAUUGUCUGUCGGUUGCCACUUGACUAAUCACAUUAUAGGAGAUAAAAUGCAGUAAGAAAGUGUAAUAAAUCUUUUACUGGAACCGCACAUAUAAAUUUUUUCUUUAUUUUGUUAGUGGCCAACUAAAACCAAAAUAUUAAUAUGCAUAAAAUAUGUAUACUCCUUUACAUUGCCAUUAGAUGUGCUUUUAGCAUUUUUUGCAUUCUUGAUUUUAUAUCUCCAAAAUAGUUACAGUAAAGUUUAGAUUUCCUUAUAUGGAGUGUAAUUAUCUGUAAUUGUAAAUUAGUCAGUAUUCUUUAGUGUAUUUUUUUUUACAGAUGUGUGUAAUAUACAUAUUUCUCAUUUUAUUUAUUGUUAAACACAGAUCUGCAUACACCAAACAAACCAUACAAAUUGCUUUUCCCAGAGAUAACUCAUCUUUGCAGUGCCGUUACUACUGAAAGGGAUUCUGGGUGGGUAUAUGAAAAAAAAGUCAACCAGAGAACCACUUUUAUAUUUAUAUACAACUAUAAAUAUAAAGAUAAUCCUUGGAGUCAUUUGUAUAUACCCACCCGGAAUCCCUUAAAGUAGUAACAGCACUGCAAAUGUGAGAUAUCUCUGGUAAAAGCAAGUUGUAUGGUUUGUUUGGUGAUCUAUAUAGAUAUUGAUAUGCAAUUUUAUAUGUCAUCUCCUUGUUUACUUCACCAGAGAUAUUUUACAAAGUAUGGUAUGAAAAAGAUAUGACAGAUGUGUUGCCCCUUGCAUUGUGCGUUAUGCUGCAAUCAGUAUUUUACAUACAACACACUACUGUAUUGACAGUAACAAAAUCCACCCUCGUAUGUGGUAUAGUUUCCUUUUUGCUUUAACAUCUACCAUUGUAAAGGGGGACGUACAUACUUCUAUGUUUACACACUAGCAAUUUUCAUCUAGCCAGAUAUUUACAGCACAGUUUAACAAAUGGGUUAUUAAUGGCACCAAACAGAUUGACAUAGUUGGAGUUUUUAAGUAAAACGUCAAAUAAAACAAAGAUUUAAAUUGGAGGAUUGUUUUGGAACGGCAGUGCAUGAAGUGAGAGUGACACUUUUUUUAGUACUAGAAGGACUAAAUUUGGAAAUCUGCAUUCCUGCAUUAGUGCUGCAAUCUUUCAAUAUUACCAAAAAUCAGCAGUCUAUAGCACACUGCAAUACUUUAAACAAACUUAAAUAGGAAUGUAUUCUCAGCAUUGUUUUUAAAAGUAAUUGUUCUUUUUUUCAGUCUGAAUUUUGGGGUCUAAGCAAUGACUUAGAUGGAUGUCGUCCUUGUGAUUGUGAUCGUGGAGGAUCACUGAACAAUAAGUAAGUCAAAUGUUUUAUUUAUGAUCAUUUACUGAUCGUUAUUUUGACAUAAAAUUGAAUUUGAAUCCCUGAUAAUUCACACUUUAGUAAAUCUAAUCAUGGUCAAGUUAUGUGACUGCAGUGCAACACAUAUUAAACUAUUUGGUCGUCUAGUCACUACAAAGUGAGUUAUUGUGAAUGGACAAGCAAAUUAUCAGAUAUAGGCUGAAAUUGCUGAGUUGCAAACAUUCUCCAUAUUUAACAAAAUUGUAAGAUAACUCAACGUAUAUUAGCCUUAUUUCUUGAGCAUGAAGCACCUCUAGUGGCCAUCUGAAGAGUGGCCACUGGAGGUAUCCCUAGGCUGUAAUGUAAACACUGCAUUUCCUGAAGGGAUUGAUUCUACUCACCAGAACAAAUACAAUAAGCUCUAGUUGUUCUGGUGACUGUAGUGUCUCUUUAAUAUGGAAUUUCCCAUUUAAGAAAAUAGAUUUGAGUUUGGAAUUUGCCCAUAGGCAUAUACAUGUUUCACUGGAGCCAUAGAAUGGUAUCUUGUACUUAGCUCCCUAACUGUAAGGACAAUUGUAUAUGCUUAACUGUAAUUGUGUUGUUAUUAUUAUGGAGAAAUAACUGAAGUUUAGAUUUUGUUGUGUUCAGACUAUCUGUGUCCUUCAGAUAAAUUGGUUGUGUUUCGCACAUUACAGCUGUUCGCCAGAAUCCGGCCAGUGUAGCUGCAGACCACACAUGAUCGGUCGUCAGUGCAAUGAAGUGGAAUCUGGAUUCUAUUUUAUAUAUUUAGAUCAUUACACCUAUGAGGCAGAAGAUGCUCAUUUUGGUCCUGUGAGUAUCCGUGUAAUAUUCCUAAUAUUAAUUGGAAUAAUAUAACAUUAUUCUGUUUAUAUCCUUGACUGCACAACUAGUCUUCUAACCUUGCUUUGUGUGUGAUUUGAAUUUCACCUGUCCUAUGUCUGUUAUGAUCGUAAGCUUUUAUGGGCUCACAAAACAUCCUGCAUUAAAUUGUAUCCGUCUUUCAAAUCCAGCUUUAUUCCAUACUUCCCUUAAUGUAUCUAGUAGUGUUACAAAAUAUGUUGGCUCCAUAUGAAUAAAUACUAAUCAUGAUAAUCUUGCGUCAAUAGGAUGUAAGACUUGUUGAGAGGCCAUAUCCGCAUGAUCGCACACCUUCCUGGACUGGACCUGGAUUCGCCAGGGUCCCAGAAGGAGCAUAUUUAGAAUUCCACAUCAAUAACAUUCCGACUUCUAUGGAGUAUGACCUUUUAAUUCGCUACGAACCUCAAGUGAGUUAUUUCUUGUUUCUACAUUCUUUCAGUACAGUAUGGCAUGCAUAACAAAACUAUUUUAUUACAGUUCCCAUAUUUUGUGAUUAUUAUGAAUGUUAACUAUUUUAAUUUAUAAUAAAAAAUAUAUAUACAUUACAUUUCAUAAAACUGAAAAACAUAAAAUAGUAAAUGAUCUAUAAGUCAUUGUUUUAUGAUAAAGCUCAUUUAUGCAGCAAUUUAUUGCUAUUCCAUUGAAGUGGCAUUCUGGAACACUUUACUUGCUAUGUGUAUAUGUUUAACUGACUAGAGAAAUAAUACCAUUAUUCCAGAUAAAGCCAUUUAUCCUUUAAAAUCUCAAAUAAUAUCAUUAUAGUCCCUUAGAAGGGAAUCUUCUUAACAGUGCACACAUUACCACUAUGAUCUAAGCAUCUGUAAAACCACUCUAUAGAGUAGACACUCUUUUACAUUUGUGGCCCAAUAUAAAUCAUUCAAAUUUGAAUUAUUUAAUUUAGUUCCAUUACAUUGGUGAAAUGUUGUGUUUGAAUUAAGCAGCCUGAGAAGCUGUUAAACCGCUUGCUAAGGGCAAACUGUCACUGGGUUUAGCCAUUCCAUUGGCCUCAAGGUAAAUUUUAACACAAGUUAAUAAUACGUGCAAGUCUGGUUUUAAUAAAUAAACACUAUUAGGUUAUGUACAGUUCCUGUUCUGUGUAGAGAAAUUAACCCAAUCGGGAUCAAUGCCAGAACUAACAUAAGCACGCCACUUUGACCUCAGGCUCCACUGCAUGCUGUGAAUCUUUAUAGUUUUCACUGAAGUGAAUCAUUUAUUGUUCUAACAGGGUCAGAUAUUCCAUUGUUUUAAGCUGGGUUUGGUAUAUUCCAUUGGAUGCAGGAUGGUAUAGCUCAGUAAUGAAUACUGGAUGUUUAUUUCAAUGGAAAUAAAGAUAUUUUUUUUUUCCCCGCAAAGUAUUACAAUGCUUAAACUCUAUUCUGUGUUGAAUUUUAUAAAUGAAAUUAUAAUUAAAAUACAGACAAAAGUUACAUAACUGAAAAGAGACUUGCGUCCAUCAAGUUCACACAUUAGUUUGUAAGUAAUUACAUUAGGGUCCCACAUAUCACAUAUAGAAAUAUAUUUGUGCACAUUUUCCAUUUUCCCUUUUAAGCAUUUUUUUUUAAAUGUUUUUUUUUAGCUACCAGAUCAAUGGGAAGAGGCGGUAAUAACCGUGAUCCGUCCUGGCAAAAUUCCCACAAGCAGUCGAUGUGGAAACACUAUCCCCAGUGAUGAUAACCAAGUUGUGUCAUUGCCUCCUGGAUCUCGGUAAAUGUGACCACAAUUUAAGACCUUAAGGACACAUGACAUGUGUGACAUGUCAUGAUUCCAUUUUAUUCCAGAAGUUUGGUCCUUAAGGGGUUAAACUGCUUAUAUUUGUUAUGAAUAUUAUUUUAAAUCAGCAUAUAGUGAUUUGUUUCUCCACUCACUGGUGUAAAACCAUUUGCGUGAUACAAGCCCUCUCCCCACCCCCCAAUAAAUAAUGGAAAUUAUAAGAUUUAGGUAUUUAUGGGAUUAGUUGAUUUCACAGGGGUAGAACAUGAACUCCACAUACUGCUGUGCCAUGCUUCAGAGUCCUUCUUAAUAGAAUGCAAAAGUCACGAGUGUCAUGGUUUUAUUAUAAUCCUUCACAUGGAAAAGUUUAAUUUGCCUUUUGGGAAAGGCCCAAGUGCUAUCAGUGUGUUUAAGAGAGUGUUUGUCAUGCUCCACUCUUAUCAUCUGUCAGUUGCUACAGUAUACUAUAGUUGACAGUUCAUUUCAAACUCAGGUGCCUCAGUUGGCAGUAUGUUUGUUUAAUUUCCAGGAUAUUAUUUUUCCAUGAAAACUAGCAUGACACUAGCAGCAAAAAGUACCGAAGAUCAAUAGACACAAUGUAUGUCCUACAAUGCCUAUGUUUUAAUAUUUUUAAGGGUUCAUCUCAUGUAUUUAGUUCUCAAGUAUAUUAUUUUGUAAUUAAACCUGUGUUUUACAUUGCAGUUACAUUGUCUUACCUCGACCCAUAUGUUUUGAGAAGGGUCUAAAUUACACAAUACGCUUGGAAUUGCCGCGAUAUUCACCUAAUUCUAAUGUGCAAAACCCAUAUACUCUAAUUGAUUCUGUAAGUAUCCACUCCACAUAUUGUAUUUUGUGUAAAAUAGGAUGGAUUGAAACACAAAUAAGCAGUACACUAAAAUGCACCUAUAGAAGAGUCAGAUGGGUUUAUAACAGCACUCUAGACGCUUGCCUAAUAAUCUUUCAAGUAAAUUGAGGAGCCUCCCUAAAAAAAAGGCUUGUUGGGAUGUCAAAAACUUGAAAGACAACCGUGAUUGCUAAAUGGGUGACAAUGAACCUCAUAGAAGACUUGUAGCCCAUCUGUCAUCUCCUAUUUAUCAAAAUGAGACAAGAGCACUCAGGAUGAACUAGAAUAAGAUGAGAUUACAGCAUAACAUUCAAGUGAAGCUGUUGUCCAGAUUCUUUACCAUCUACACCAGGAUUGUACAAAUACAAACCCCUGGCUCUAGUAUAACCGCAACAAUCUUAAUGCUCUGCUAGCUUUAAGACUUGCAAAACAUCACAAAUAAUGUAGUUUUUCAGUAGCUGGGGAUGUACAUUUUGAGCACUUGAGGCCUACAUGUUCAUUCCUACAGCAGUCCAUGCUGCCAUUGCAACCCUCUGUAAGAAUCUAUUAUAUGCUUAGUAUACUGAAAGUAAAUAAGGAGAGCUCGGCUUCCUUUGAAGUGAUUAUUAUAAUAUUAAUAAUUUCUAAAUUACUGUUACAGUAUGUGUACUUAAAAUUGGUAAUUAUUUAGCUUAUCUCCCAUGUCCUUACAGUCUUUUUAUUCACUCAUAAUCCUACUAUUUCUGCUUUCUACUCUGGUUAACGUCUUUUCUGGAAAUUCAAAAUUUUUGCCCAUGUAAGACCAACCUGCAAAGCAAACUAAUGACACACAUAUAUUUAUAUAUAUAUAGCUCUUUAAGUAGAUAUUAAGAAACAUUUUUGUGCAUAAAAGACUUUGUGAAUGCUUCCUUCAGUUACAUGACAAGGUGAGUAAGAUAACAAAAAUAUGAUCACUCCUCCAGUGACACCCCUGAACCAAAAACAUUCAUCUGGCCAUUUGAAGUGUUGGAAGGAAUGAUUAUGUGUAUGUUUCUAUUUCCAGCACAUUUGUUUGUGUCCAAAUCCCAUGCUUUUUCAACUAUAGCAGGCAUUAAUUUUAAACAAAUGUUUCUGCAGAUUGUAUUGCUGCCUCAUGUCAAGUCUCUCGAAAUAUUUAAUGCGGGAAGCACAGGCGGUGAUGGCGUUACCAACAAUGCUUGGCAGACAUUUCAAAGAUAUCGUUGCAUGGAGAACAGUCAGAGUGUUGUGAAAACGCCACUAACUGAAGUCUGUAAGAGUUUCCUCUUCAGUAUUUCUGCUCUUUUACAUGAGGGCGCCAUGGGUAUGUGUCUAUUUCUUUACUUUAUUUAUACACAACACUCCGUGUUUUAAAUGUAUUCAUAUGAUAACAGUACGUAAGAAAAGUAAGGUGUUUUUGUAUGCUUUGUAUUUAGUAUAAUUCCAUUUUGUUUACUAUUGAAUAAAUUGAAAUACACAAUAGUGUCUAAUGGGGGUCAGUAUAAAAGUGGUCCUACAGCAGGUCUCCAGUUUUGUAUUAACAAUAUCUGACUAACCAGAAAUUGUUCUUAUGAGUUUUAACUGUCAUUAACAGUUGUUCUGAUGUUUCUAUUUAGAAUGCCACUGUGAUCCUCAAGGCUCAUUAAGUUCGGUGUGUGACCCUAAUGGUGGACAGUGCCAAUGUCGACCAAAUGUAAUUGGUAAAAACUGUGACAAAUGUGCUCCAAGGACAUUUGGUUUUGGACCUAAUGGAUGCAGACGUAAGUCACCUAUUCAUUCAAUCUAGUUCUUUAAUUUGGGUGUGUUUGUGGGGUAAAUAUUAAAAAAUUGCACUUUUAUUUUUUUAGUGAUGAUUAUAAGUUAACACAACAACUCAAACAUUGUUAGACUAGAUUUCGUUACCACAGGGCAAACAUUCUGUACGAAAAAUGGGAAUUGGGAACACAUCCAGAACAUGCAUUUGGUCUUUACAGGAGCACCACAGCUGAAACAUGUUCUGGGUGUGCCCUUAAUUUCAAAUUUUUCUGCUCCUGCCCCAUUAUUGGUGGCCUCAGGAAAACAUGCAUUUGAGGCGAGACUCUGAAAGCAGUUUAAGCAGUAAGCAUUCCAGUUAGCAUGUUUAUUUUCCAUGUUAAAAAUUGUGUAGGGUUUUGGGAUACUGAGAUCUACUGGAGAGCUUAAAACGAAAUGGCUGUGUUGUAUAACCAAAUAUCCAUGUUUGUUUGCCACAAAAUGUGAUUUUAAGCAAACUUAUAAGAUUUAAAACUAUAUAUUUUUGCGUGUCCUCUAUUUCUUAAAACAAACUUUGCACAUGAUAAGGAGAGAGAGAACCUUGUUCCAAUGUUGUUCUUAGUAUGCUUUCUCAAGGCUGACGGUCAGUUGCAAAGGACAGAACUUGACUAAAGGGAGUUUUAAUGGAGUUUCCUAUUGCAGGAUUUCUACAUUCCACUCUAUUUUUCACACCUCACAAAUACAUAUCGGUAAAAUAUAGGGAUUAUAAAACGUGAUAUUAAAAACUCUUAGAAGGAACAGUUCUGCUUCAAGUUCUUAUACGCUUGGGAGUGUUCCUUCAAUAUUUUUAGUAUCAAAGUAUAUUUGUUAGUAUUAAUUUCAUUAACUUAGUAUUAUAGCAUUUGUUUAGCAUUCACAUUGUGACUGUGUGUGUUUUCAGCUUGUGAAUGUGACGAGAGCGGAUCAGCUCAUUCCUUCUGUCACUCCGAAACUGGUCAGUGUCCUUGUGUUCAUGGAGCAUAUGGGCGUCAGUGUGAUGUUUGCUUGCCUGGGUAUUGGGGAUUCCCCAGAUGUAAGCAGUGCCAAUGCAAUGGACAUGCUGAUGACUGUGAUACACUUACUGGAGAAUGCACAUCCUGCAAGGACCACACUGAAGGUUACAGUUGUGAAAGGUAACAAGCAGAUGUUGUUUGAUAAACCCUUUCUAGAUAUGGAUAUUCUGUUUAUAUAUUGGCAUUUAUUUUUCUACGUGGGCCUAUCAGAUGUCUAAGACAAUUUAGUUAGUAUAUGUUCAUUAUCCAUCUGUUAGGUCCACAAAGUCAGGUGGUAGGAAUGAUUCACUGACCAAUGUUUUAUCCAGUUAUCAUAUAGUUAUCAGGUAAAAUCAAAGCACUUACUCAAAGAUGGAGAAAUUCAUGGCUGUUUAGUGUGCAGUGUAUUUAGGGAUGGAUUGCCAUUGUAUGUCCCUUAGGCCAACACAUUUUUGUUAAUGGCUGUAUUACGGUUUCUGAUUUCGGAAAUUCUUCCUUCUAGAAGAAAAUUUAUAAUCACCUCCAAUGGUUGCAGUUGCUCAUGAUAAGAUUACUGAAAAAAUAAAUGGUCUACUCAGAAAGGUCCAACUUGAGUUUUGCUUGUUUGAAGUUAAGUGAUCUAGCUGUGACCAGUUUGGAUAAAAUUAUCAAAGACAACAAUUCAUUCACCUACCACAACUUAAUUACUCAGACCAAAUUCAAGUUGUUUAUGGGUCGAGAAAAAAAAUGGCUUACUAUUUAAACUUGGCUGUUCACAUAGCUCCAACUAUUACCUGAUAUGUUAAACCCUAAAGCAGUGGUUUUCAAACCAGUCAUCAAAGCACGUCUACCAGUCCAGGAUUUAGGGAUUACCCAGUUGUGUCAAGGUGGUUUAUAACUUUAUAAAAACAGUUUAGACACAACUGGGUAAUCCCUAAGUCUUGGACUGGUAGGCGUGCCUUAAAAAUCUGGUUUGGAAACCACGGCCAUAAAAGCUUGGUGUGCAAAUUAAGGUUAUCUAGUGAUGUGCCUUUGAUAUUUCCAUCAUGAACAACCUUACAGUUACACAUGUAAAAAACGUGAGUGUGAGUUCUAAACCAAGGAAUAGUUCUGAUGUGUAGCCAGCAUGUUUAAUAAAUGCAAAACACAAUGUAUUGUGUAAAUUCCUGUCCAGGAACUUGGGAAUAUAAAAAGUAUUACUGUUUACACAACAUCACUUGUCUCGAACUCCUUCCGAAAGACUUUGAAAAAUAAGUUGCUUGUAACUAAAACUGUAACGUUUAGGACAGCUGGUGUGGUAUUGUAAAAUGAUAGCAUUUGUAUUUAUAUGUUGGUAAUUGCUGCUCAGGAAACAUGAUGUUUAUAGGGAAGUGGGGGGGAAAAAGCCACAAACAAUCCAUAAAUAUUCUCAUUUUUUAGAUGCCUUGCUGGCUAUUAUGGAGAUCCUAGACUGGGCUCAGGAGAUCAUUGUAGACCUUGCUCAUGUCCAGAUGGCCCAGGAAGUGAACGUCAGCAUGCCAGUGGUUGUUACAAAGACCCUGCAACCCUGCACAUUAUCUGUUCUUGUAAUGUAGGAUACACAGGUAAGUGUUGUGUGUUUGGCAGUUUUAUAUAUAUAUGCCUUUGCAGCAGAUGUGCUUACAUUUGUCAAUGUAUAUACAGUUUUUUUUUCCUUCAUAAACUCGUGUGUGGUUUUAUGUACAUAUUUUCUUUCCUACAGUUUGCAUGGUCCAUAAUUGAGUGCAACAUUUGAAAUAAUUAGCUUGUGCCAUCUUUGUUGUUGUUAUAUAUGUAAUCCAAUUGUAUUAUGGAAAGCAAACUAAAAAAACUCACCUGAAGGAACUUGUGUAUUUUUACUUGCUUUUUAAGAAUGUGUAAUAUGUAUCAUGCUAAAAUAAGUCUUUAGUGAGACAGAUGAUGUGCCAGGAAUGGCAUGAUAUCACUUGAAAUUAUGUUUUAUCUUUCUCUGUCUAAUCCAAACAAUGACCUAUUAGAAUCACAUCGUAAAAUACAAAACUGAUAAUUGAGAUCCAUAGCAGGAAUCUUUAUACCAGAGCAGUGUUGUCCGUUAAUGGUGUUGCCAGUGUUAAUUCAUUUGUGAUGUGAAUGCAUAAUUUGCCAACAUCAGAAAUUGUGAUUUUCUACUUGCAUGCAAAAACAAAGUUAUUAUUUUAUAUUUUAUUUACAGAACAUUUAACUCAUGGAAAAUAUGUAUUUAAUUUUUAAUCUAACACAUUGUGUCCCUGUGACUGCUGUAGGGGCCAGAUGUGAUGAAUGUGAUGCUGGCUACUUUGGGAACCCUGAAGAAAACGGAGGAGUCUGCCAACCAUGUCAGUGUAACAAUAACAUAGAUAUGUCCGAUCCACUUUCUUGUGACAAGCAAUCAGGGAAAUGUCUUAAGUGUCUCCAUCACACAGAAGGAGAAAGCUGCAGCCAGUGCCAGCUGGGUUACUAUGGGAACGCUCUUCACCAGACUUGUAGAUGUAAGUUUUGCUUGACUUAUUUUCAGGCCUUGUGUAAGUGUUAUAUAUAUUGUUGUGCAAUACACAUUGUAUUGUAUUUUUGGUGACCAAAUACAAUAAAACUCUUGUACCUCACUUAUUCAACCUAUGUGUUACGAGGCAUCUGAAGGAAAUGGGCAAAAUGUAGGUAGCACAAGCUUGGAAAGAUGCAAUAUAUUGUGUGGGGUGUGGCCAGAAACUGAAAGAGGUGUUUCUAAGUCAUGCCAAAUUGUUUUCAGCAACACGGUUAAAAUGGCAGAUUAAAUGUAAAUCUGUGUUUGAUUACUAAUGUCUUAAUUAAAGACCUAUCCUAGAACAAAAGUACGUGUGCUAAUGUAUUUGAUCAUGUUUACUUCUCUUGAUCUUAAAAUCAAUGCAAGGGGCUGGGGAGGUAAUGUGUUGAAGAGCAGAUCAAGACUUUAUAAGAGAAAAAUUCCUGAUGCAUUAGAUGAUUUCCAUCUGUUUAUUGCAGUAAAAUACACAUGGGAAACUAAAAUGAAUCCUGAAAGCUGUGUAUUUAAUUAAACCCAUGAAAAUGUGUUUUGUACAUAUGUCAAAAUAUUAGCUUGAUGUAUGCCAGAUUAAUUUUUACAAUGUCACUGUAAGCUUGCAAAACUGUACAGCCUUUCUUCAUCUUAAUAAAGUGGUUUAGGUACAGGGUCCCUGUCCUCUUAACCCUGCAAUGUAAAACACUACAGUUUUUGAGAAACUGCAAUGUUUACAUUGCAGGGUUAAGUCUACCUCUAGUGGCUAUCAUACUGACCGCUACUAGAGUUGCUUCUGUUGCACUGAGAAAGUAAAACUCAAGGUCAUAUGAUGCAGAAGCCCCAUAGGAGAGCAUUGAUUCAGUGCAUUCCUAUAGACAAGUUUGAAUUUGUGUGCACUGCUCACUGCGCAUGUGCAUUAGAUCCCCAAUACUUCUCUAUGAGGAGAAUAGGCCUGGAUAUUAGAGGAGGCCAUUAGAGAGGUGGAGAGGUGAGCAGUGCCAAGGGAGUCUCAGUACUGAAAAAAAGUGAGUAAAACUUUAUUUUUGUGCCAUGGGGAGGGUGGAACUGAAAAGGCGUAGAGACAGGGACAGUAUAGAAUUAGGAAUACGGAUUUGUAUUUCUAACGCUGUGGUGUUCUUUUAACCAAUUGAGUUUUGAACACACAGACUUUUCUGAGUUUAAUAGGAUGAGUCUUUCACCUAAAUCUCCUAACAACAAGUUUAUUCCUUAAAGUUUGAACUAUUGAAACUUCUAAGUUAAUUUCAAAUUGUAGAACAAAUUGAAAUAGAACAUAAAUUAAUUUUUAUAUUCGAUUGCUGUGUCCUAAAAUCGGAAAUUCACUGAUAAUUUGAUGUUCAUAUAUUUCUUUAAAUAUAUAUAUAUAUAUAUAUAAUUUUUUUAUUUUUUUAAUUCCCCUCUCUUCCUUUUACACAAAAUGUCACAUUUAAAUUUUAUUUUAUUUUUUUUUAAAGUGUACAAAUUCAAGUAUGAAAACACAUUCCAUUAUCAUGUUAAAUAGCCACUUCUAGCUGAGGCCUGCUAUGUCUUUAUAUCCCUUGGUAUAUGAACUGAACAGCGCUCUUAGUUUGUGGAAAUGUCCCAGUGCAUUACUAGAAUAUGUAAAAAUAAUGGGGGGUAGGGGGGUUGUGUUUUUUUAAUAUAUUUGGAAUGGUUUCCAGUGGGCCAAAAUUUUCAAAAUUAAAGUAAAUAAAAUAAUUUUAAAUUAACUGUAAAAAGUAUUGAUAUAUACUGUUAAAAAGAAAAUAAAAAUAACUUCAGGUUUUUGAAAUUAAUAUAAAUGCAUAUUAACCCAAAUACAAAUAUUAUUGAUUUUAAAAACAAGAUGGCUAGCAAGCAACCACCCUUGGUGUGCUAGAGGGACAGAGCGUGCAAUAUUUGUUGAUCCUUCGGGUAGUGAAAGGGUUUAAUUUGACUGCUGUAGACUUUUUUUGAAUGUGUCUAUAUGAAAAGGAUUAGAAGGUAUGUAGGCAAUCAACUUAUUAUUCUAAAGAUUAACCAGGUCUGUUUAGUCCAGUCAUUACUUUUUCAAGUACACACUGUUCUUGUCACAAAUCCUUUUCACCUGUGACAAUCAAAUCAAUUUCCUUUUAAUCUAGGCCCGAAUGAAUUAAUCUGUAACGUAAAUCCUAGAACUAUUGAUACAUUCGGGUAUAGAUUAAAAAGAAUUUGAUUAGUCUAUUGCAGGUGAAAAGUAUUUGUGUACAAGUCUAGUACACACUGCAAGGUAAAUAACAUUGAUUACAAAUUCAUUAUUAUUUAAUUGCAUUUAAUGAUGAUUUGUUCAAACCCAUAAAUUCACAAAGUAAACACAAUUGGAGAAUGAAUUGCUGCACAUGGCCCAGAAACCUUAGUAGAUAAAGUUAAUAUACUUGUUGGCCAAUUGAUAUCAGUACAUUUCUUUGCUGUGAUAUUAAAGAGCUAUCAUUUCUUUGAUUAAUAGAGACAGCUUAUUAAUAAGGAUCACAAUCUUAAUAUUAUUCAUGCACAGAGUGCACACAGUAUUUGGUUGUGAUUUAAUUGGUAACCUAUAUUUCCAUAUAUCUUCAGCAUGUGUCUGCAACGUCCUGGGCACAGAACAGGAUACUUGUAAAGAAGGUGUAAAAUGCCACUGUGACAGAUCAUCCGGCCAGUGUCAGUGUCUCCCCAAUGUGAUUGGUCAGAGCUGCGAUAGAUGUGCACCAAACACCUGGAACUUAGCAAGUGGAACUGGCUGUAAAUCUUGCGGCUGUGAUCCUAUCCGUUCUUUGGGACCUUCUUGCAAUGAGGUAACUAUGAGCUUCAAUGCAUAUGUGAAACAUAUAGUAUAAUUAUGUUGUUGAAAGCCACAUUAUGUGACGGUUCCCAUGGAUUAUUUUUUCAGUUCACUGGUCAAUGUCAGUGCAUGGCUGGAUUUGGUGGCCGAAAUUGCAGCGAAUGCCAGGAACUUUUCUGGGGUAAUCCGGAUGUUGAAUGCCAAGGUAAAGAAUAGUUAUUUAUUAUUGUGCUGUCUUUCAUUAAUGCUGAACUUACUCAGGAAAAUCCAUAAUGAGCUACACUAACUAAUCUCUGUACUCACUCUGUCAGAAGAAUAAAAAUUCUGAUCACUUUAUUUCAGUAGUGAAUGCAGGUUCGCAAUCCACAGAAGUUGUAAUACAACUUUCUGUUUUAUGUACUGACAUGCUUCGUCAGUUACACUUACAACUGUUUAAAUACUGUUUUAGGCCAGUGUACAGCUUUUUAUUUGUUUUAGAAGGAAACUUUUCAGCUCAAGUGUUGUAAUAUUUUUCAAUAACUUUGUUGUUACUUUGUUAAUAACCAUCUAUAACUCAAAGAGUUAAUUAGAUUCCAUAUUUUGGAGAAUAACAAUAAUAUAAAUAAUUCAGUCAUGAUAAGCACUGGCAUGUUUUGCUUACCUACUGGACAACAAAGGGCAAAACUGAUUUUGCCCUUUGUUUAUUCCUGGAAAAAAUUAGGAAUAAAGAAAAUUUGCUUUUCAUAAUGACUGAAAUGUUUCAUUACUCUUGGACAUCCAACCAAGUUUUAAAAAAUCAUGCCUAGACGGAGAUAUAGCCAUGAACGUUAAGUAAGAAUGUGUUGGAACCAAAAGGGUUUAUUGCUCUUUAUCAUAUGGCUACAUUUAUUAACUUGUUAAAUGUCUGAAUAAGAGACUCUAUAAGAAUAUCCAUGAAUUUGAUUCUGAGUAUUGGAAACUAAGCAAAAUGCAGGAAACUCUGUGGUAGGGAGUGUACUCUACACACUGCCGGAAAAACAUAAGACACUUAGAAAGAGAGCUAUGCAGUUAUAAAGCUGUGCACCCUUGCAGUACAUAAGCAUUUAUUGAUGAAAAUAAGGGGAAAAAAGAUGCUUUGGAUCAAAAGACCCUUUGUGAUUGUAACACGUUGUCAGUGGUUAUAAUGAAAGGUUUACUGGCCACAUAAUUUAGGCAAAUGCCUACUGUAAGAGAAAGGCUUAACUUAUUAGUGCAGAUAUGCAUUUAAGCAUAGUUUAGACCAGACCAUAAAUCUCUAGAGUAAAUUCUCAGUCAUGGCUUGGGUGCAUGUUCAACAUCCUGCAUAAAGUGAAAGAGUUUUUUUUUUUUUUUGGUUUGUUUGUACACCCACAUUUCACAGUCCUUAAAGUCUUGUAAAAAUAAAAUAAAAACACACAAAUGGAUAAUGUUAGUGACGCAUGUCAGAGGUUAGUAGUUUUUGCUUAAAAAUAAUAGGUAUAUGUUACCAGGUGAUCUCAAGAUUAAAGCUUCUAAGAUGAAAGGAAUUCUUACUGUGUCUUUGUUUUCCACUAAGUGGAAUUGCAUCAUAGGAAUAGAGGAUUAAGUAAGAAUCUGCAUUUCUUACUCAAACAUUUCAUUAGCCUCCAUUUUUUUGUGUUUUGUGGGUGGUUUAAGCAUACACAAGUCUUUUGUAAAAAUGAAUCUAAGUGCCCUCAUAAGUCCUUUCUAUAGAGAUGUGUUGAGGUGGAUAAUCUUAUGGAGUAGUGCUGAAUGCUUUGAUUUUGCUGACGAAGUAAUUAUGGUGAAAUAGCUGUUUUAUUGUAUUAUUUAGUUAGCAGCUUAAUAUUUAAAAUUGUCUUUUGUAUUCUCCAGCCUGGCCUAUAUUUGCAUGUAAUAAAUACUAAAUAUACUCAUGAGGCUAGCUAUCAGAAAUGCAGUGCGUUUUGCUUAUAAUUCAAACCAUUAUGCAUUGUGUAAGGCCUAUGCCUUGCCGAACAAAUAACGCUUUAUAGAGAAUGGUUACUCAGACAUACCAAACAUGAACAGGCUCUUAGUUGUUCACUUAAUAAUACAAUGAUUUUCCGUAGGUAGACUGCCUUUAGAGGAAUAUUUUGUGCAUGUUCCACAAUGAAACUUAGGAGAGUUUUUUAUGUAUUAUUUUAGCUAGAUGGUAUAUUAAUUAAUAGUAUCUCACUUUUUUCAUAAUCCAAGUUCAUUGGCAGUUUUCAAUUAGACAUAAAUAGAAUCAACGACAGUUUCAAAAUACAAGACAAAAGAAAUUGCAUACAUACAUAAAUAAGGAGCCACAGCUAAAACUACCGCUAGAUAAAUCCAAAUACAAGUAUGAGUUCCUUUGCUCUUCUUUGGCCGUUUUAAGAAGGUCUAUGCUGUGUGUACUCCGUUCAAAUAAUAACUUCGACCUUAAGUAAAUAACAAAGGGUAAUUGAAAGGUCUUCCCCAGAUCAAAGAUCCCUUGUAUUUAGUUUUGGAUUUACAUUCCAUUCUUUGUGCUUCUUAAUGACUAUUAUAUUUGGUUACUCUUCCCACCCUUGAUCUUUAUCUAAAAUGAGUCUGUUGACCCUCAUUCCACCAGUCCCUUUGUUGUUGCCUUAGGGAAUGUUCAACAUACAAAGUCACAGUAGGAGACUUUAAUCACUUUGGGUGCUGUGUUCUGAUGCUUUGAGAUUUUGUGAAAAUAAAGGAUUUUUUCUUGAAGGUUAUGGAGAUAUUGUAUACUGUAGUCUGGCUUUACAUUUCCUGUGCAUGUAUUUUACUUUACUUUUUGCCACCGAGAAAAUGUUCCAUAAAAUAACUAUAGUAUUGUGAAAAUGCCAUCAAAUAAAAUGUACCACUACUGAAGGGAGUAACCCUGAAAUUAUUUGCAGUAUUUUACCCAAAUACAAACCAUAAUAAUACAUUAUCAUAGCAAUCCAUGCUCCUAACUGUAAAUUGUCAAGAGAAAAUGUGUUCAUAACAUUAUCAGUAUGAGUAAUGUUUAAAGAGAUAGCAUAGUCUUCAGCACUCUUCAAUGUAAUAUAGCUAGAUUCAGCCCCCCACCCCCACCAACUUAAAUUGAAUGAUUUUUUUUUCAGUACAGCAUCACUGUCAGAUGCAUCAGUCAUUGCUGCAGGCAGAUUCUUCUCCCUUUACAUCAUCUUCUACUGAAUCUUCUUCAGCUUCUUGUACAAUGAAAUGAUUCUCAAAGCAUUCCAUUGGAUGAGUGGGGCGCAUGCACGGCGAGCACCCAACUCACCCAAACAAAUGGUUUCCUAUGAAUUGAUAAGGUUCAAUAUCCUCAUGACUAAGUGAAACUCCAUUAUUGCAGUUAAAGUGCCCCUAGUGGCUGUCAGGAAGACUAGAGGAGUGCUUAACCCUACAAUGUAAGCAUUGCCAUUUCUACAAAACAGGAAUGAAAACAUCCCAGAGUAAAAUCUACAGGGCCAUUGCAUUGAGAUUCUGUGAAUUGGGUGCCUUCAGUGGUCCUUUAAAGCUGUCCAUGUUAAGAGAUAUAGGAUUGAAAUAUUAAACGAUUUCCCUGUCAUUGUAAGGUAAAUUAUUAGAUUAUAUAUUGUUGCUUAUAUUUUUCUUUAGCUUGUGAUUGUGACUCUAGAGGCAUUCAGACUCCGCAGUGCGAUCGUGCUACAGGACAUUGUGUUUGCAAUGAAGGUAUGGAAGGGUUUCGUUGUGACCGAUGUGCCCGUGGAUAUUCUGGCAUUUUUCCAAACUGUUCUCCUUGUCACACAUGCUUUGCAUUGUGGGAUACAAUUAUCAAAGAGUUGUCCAAUAAAACAAACCAGCUCUUAGACCGUGCCGCUGCUAUGAAAGUGAUUGGGGUUAUUGGACCAUACCAGCAGACUAUGAGUAAAGUGCAGGAAACACUUGAAGAGGUUCAGAACAUCAUUUUACAGAAUCCUGCGGCCCAUCCUCUGAAAAACAUUGACCAGCUGUUUGAAGAAGCAGAGUAAGUUCAUUAAAGUGUCAUUUCAUGAUUCUUGGAAAGGUUUUACAAUGCAAAGAUUUUAUGUACAUUGACUCUGGUGUUUUGUUUUAUAUAGAGAAGACAUGUAUGUAGGCUCUUUAUUAUAAGCUCUACAUUGUGCCAUUUUAUAGUGUCAAUCCAACCAGAACACAGUUAUGAACAGAAUAUUAUACUAUCUUUAUAGACUAUCACAGGGUCAAAGUAGCCGAACUGGAAGCAUAGCAGACUGUGAGAUUAGUUCCAGUUUUGGCCUUAAAUUUGAAAUUAUAUAUUGCGCAGAACCAAAAUUUUUAUUCUCGUUAGGGACACUAGGUGCAAAAAAAACCUUGUGGACCAAAGCAUUCCAGUUGGAUAAUCCUGUAUUAUAGAGGCUUAAAUAUUUCCUGUAUUCAUUAAAUGCAAAAUCUGACUUCCACAUUCUUAUUCGCUACGAAUAUAUAUUUCCUGUUAAAACCACAAAAAUGUAGUUUAACAUCUGGCAACAAUGUUUUUUUGUUGUUUGUUUAAUAUUUAUUUAUGAUUCUAUCCAUCUAUUUUAGAAAGCUGAAAGCUGAGGUUUCUGAAAGAGUUGCAGAAGUGGAGCAGAAACUAUCCAAAAUUAAUAUCAGUGACACCGAAAAGCUUGAUGCUUUGCAGGCAGAUGCAGAGAGUGUUUCUAAAGCACUGAAAGAACUUGGAGAACAGCUAGAGUAUAUGAAGAUUUCCAAUGUUCGAGGUGGGUGGCUUCAGCAAGCUUGUGAAGCAAAAUUACUCCUUUAACAAAAAAUCCCUCAGUUGCUAAGUGCUGCUAAUGCAUUUAAAGUCAAUUUCAUUCUGCACAUUUUAUUAGUACAUCAUACCUUUUUGAUGUGUGCAGCUGCAAUGUCCUGUCAUAUAUUACUGAAAAUGCUAGUUUAAAAACCUUAAAGUGACAGUUGAGGCAUCAUAACAACUCUAAAUGAAGCGGAUAUAGUGCCAGAAGGACCUCACUCUUAGCUCAAGGGGGAACGGUUUAACCCCAAAGUGAGCCUCAAUCACAGGGCAGGGAGCUGACGCUCUCAGCCAAUCAGUGACUUCCAUUCAUAAAACUGGCUUGGAAGGGGUAUGUUUCUUUCCAAACCAGUUUUAUUGGUGAUUGGCUGUGAGCGCCAGCUUUCUGCCCUGUGAUGGAGACUCAUUUUGGUGUUAAACCUUUCAAGAACAUUUUAGCUUCUUGAGGUAGAAGUAUACCCAGGGGCCUCCUGGCACCAUAACAACUUAGAAACAGAGAAUGUGAAGAGAAAAUGAGAACUUCAGAAGUAAACACACAGUACUGUAAUACCUGCUUUUUUCGUGGAGAGUCACAGCCAAGAGAGGUGUGGCUAGGCCUGUUACACAGAAAUUAAAGUAGCUUAUUUUUUUCAAGUCUGUUGUUUUGGGGGGAAGGGGGCAGUUAAAAAAUUUAUAGUCUAAAAUAGGAGGUUGUCUUAUACACAGAAUAUCACCACAGGGGCUAAAAAACAGCAACGCUUGUGCGCGGGGCCUUUUUUUGGUGUCCUAAAUUUAUUUAUUUAUUUAUUAUAUAUAUUGGGGGUGGGGGUGGGGGUGAGGCAGUAUUGCAAAAUAUCCUUCUGGUUGUGAUCUGAGAAAUCAAAACUUGGCAAAACCCUUACUGUGUUGUAGGAGCUAUGGACAGCAUCAACAAAUAUUUCCAGAUGUCUCUGGAGGCAGAAAAAAAGGUCAACGCCUCCACUUUGACCCCAGAUAGCAUUCUUCAGCAGUCAGCUGCUACACGAAAGGAAGUGGAAGAUUUAAUGUAUGAACAAGAAUCUGCAUUCAAGGAACAGCAAGAGGAACAGUCUCGACUCUUGGAUGAACUUGCUGGCAAUGUCCAGAGUUUGGAUCUUUCAUCUCUAUCUGAAAAGGUAGAUUAUUUGUAAAUGUCUAAGGUGAUCUGUUUAAUGCAUACUUUAUAUAACAAAUAAGAAAGAAAGAAUGCAUUCAUAGACAUUUGGAAUCUGUAUAAUUCGGCUUGAAAUGUGCAAAUCUCCAGAGAGUUGUUGAUUUCCAGUCUAAUAGAUAAACACUAUUUUUUUCUCAUAAUACGACCAAAGGGAGUUGCUAAAUUCCAAACCCACCUGGGAUUUUUGCAAUGCAAUACUCAAAGCAAAAUACCAACUUUUAACCAGUGCAAUCCUGUAUCUUUUAUUUUUUUAUUUUAUUUUUAACUAGCUGUUCCCACCCUGUUUUGUGUCCUCUCCCCAUUUCCACUAAUCAACUUUCUGUGUCUCACCCAACAUUCAGGACUCCAGCACCUAAAGCCACUACUAACAAUGCCUAUUUAUGACUUCAGUUUAAUUACAUAUUGAAUCAUUUUUGUGGAAGUAAAUUCAUGUUGCUCAAACAUUUUUCUCAUACUAAAUGAAGUAUGGCUUAUUAAUUAUUUGUAGCUAUAUUGGUGACACAAAAGCCAAGGAAAAUUAUUUAAACUGAAUAAAAAAAUAAAAUAGGGUUUGCCACUUAAUUUUAAAUGGAAGCAGGACUCUCUUCUGGUUCACAGAGUAGCAGUAUGUUGGCUCUAUUUGAGCCUUUGCCAAGCCACAAAAAUCUUUAUUUGCAAUGCUGGAGUGUUUUAAAGUACAUCCAGAUUAUUGGGUCCUCCUAGUCCCCCCCCAAAAAAAUGGUUUAACCUCUGAUUCAUCUGUGAAAGGGUGCCUCAUCUCAGCUCCUCAACACCUGUGUGGGAUCAUGAAUGCUGAUCACCGUAAGGCCAAUUCAGUGCUUCUCAUAGAGAAGCAUUGGGAUGCAGGGAGCAUGUGCUGCAAUGUUGCUCAUAUAGAAGCAUCAAACCCAAUGCUUCCCUAGGACAAGCAUUGCUAUACACUUUGUAUUAUGUAAUGAAACAAUCAGGAAGAUCAAUCAGAUCCAACAUUUUAUAAACGUGCAGAUUUCUCUUGAUGUUUAUAAAAUGAGAAAAGGGGACACUCUCUUAACAAUGUGCAAGUACUUUAGGGGUUUGGAGUGUUUUUAUGUUUUGAGUAACUUGUGUAUUCAGUAUUUAUAGAUUCUAUAUUCUCUAACAAAGAAAAUGAGGCAGAUUAAGCUGAAGAUCUUAAAUAGUACUGUGUCUAAUUAUUUACUAACCCUGGCAUAAUCUUGCCUGAAGGUUUCAGCUGGUGAAAUAAGUCAAGAGUUAGAAGGAGUUAGAAGUUAACCCUGUUAUUUAUUAGCCAUUUCAGAAGAAAAUCUACAAUAGUUAGCAGCCCUGUAAAUUUGCCCUCUAGCUACUUUUGAUGGUUAUUGUAUUUACAAGGGUACAGCAUACUGUAAUUUUACUUUGCUUUAGUGCUGACUUAAAGAGAGACUCCACUGAUAAAAUACAUAAACAUCAUUGUUUAGUAGAUAUACCCCCAAUAAAAACACACAUGCAUUUAAUUAUGCAUUUUUUCAUUUGGAGUAAAUCUGAAAACGUUUUGCAAAAUCUGCAGAUCUCUUAUAAAUCCAAUGCAACUCAAUGAGAUGUCUUUGCUAGGCAGUUGUUCUGUGUAAUUGCGCGUCAAUUGCCUGUCUCUUGAGUAAUUGACUGUCUAACAGGAAAUAACCAGACCGGUUGUGUGAUUUACAGCCAGGGUUGAGUAACCAGGUUGAUUUAUAAAAGUGCCAAUUUCUAUUGAAAUCAGCACGUUGCAAAAUGAAAAACAAGUAACAUUCUUCACAUAUAAAGCACUUCUGCUAAAAUUCUUCAGGGUUUGAGGUGCCCAUUUAAAACAAAAUUAUCAAAGCCUGGACCAGCUGUAGGCUUUCAGGUGCUUCACACCACCCCCAAUAUGUGCAUGAUCUGUGUGAGUGCAUGUAAUAUAAUUAUGUGUUAAUCUUAGUGUUCCUGUAUGUGUGCAAGAUUACUGUGUGUAUGUUGGUGUUCAUGUUUACAUGUAUUGUGAGUGUGUUUGUCUUUCUCUGUGUACAAUGCCAGUUUGUGUUUAUAUAUGGUGUGUUUGUGUGUAGAACGCAAGGGCUAAACCCAUCAGUAAUGUAAAGUGCAAUGGCCAUGUUGCUCUGCCAGCUUUAAGGGCUAAAGGCCACAUCAUCCAUAUGUUUGUAAAUUUCAAUUCCCAGGCUUAUGGCUUGCCUGGGCAUCAUGUUAAUUGCCUGUCACAUAUGUUUUUAUAAACCCCCACUAUCACUAACGAGUUAUCUCUGCCUAGCACUGUAGUUAAAUAUCACUAGCCCAUCCCCAGUUGAGUAGCAGUAGCCAUCCAGUUGUCUGUUACCUCUCCCUAACCCACCCUCUGUUUUCUCUCCCUAGCCUAUUCUUCUAGAUAUUACUUUCUGCAACUAUCUCUCCAUCUCCAGUUAUAUAUUCCAGGCCAGCCCAACUAAGUCUUCUCUCCGUCUCCCCACUCCAGUUAUUUCUCCAUCAUAUUACAUGUAGUUUGGCUGAAUUGUCAAUGCAUAGUACAGCAUUCUGCCCUUGUUCUCUGGCCAAAUCACACACGACUAGGGCAUGGCUUUGAUGCAGGGAGUGGGGAAAUAACUCAUAUCCCUUCCUCUAUUUUACUGCACAGCCACCAGUCAAAAAUAGUUUUACUAUUAAGACUGAGGAAUAAAGCAGAAAGCUGCACUAAGCAGUGCUUGUUUUGGUGGUCUGUGACGAUGGCGGUGGGCAACAUAACACUGCCCAAGGUUGUAGAGCAGGGCACUCUUGCUGUGUGCAGACUUAUCAAAUCAAUGCCAAUAUAAAGAUGUCACAUUUUAUACAUAAAUGAGAAGGAUAGAGUAGAGGGAAAACUUGGAUAAAAGGUUGUAUAAAUCAUCUAGCAAGAAGGUCUGGAUCCUCACUCCAAAUAUUCUGUCCAAAGAGUUAAUUCUGCAUAAAAAGAAUCUAAAGCAUAUGAACCAUGGAAGUCCACUUCUCCAUUUCACAAUCCAUCAUAUAGUAGGUAGUAAAGCUGUACUCAUAUUCCAUAGCCAUGCUAGCUGCAUCUCUGCAGAUGCCCUGUAUCAGAGAUGGCCAAAGGGUAGAUUUCCAGCUGUUAUAAUACUCUUUGUCCACAUGUCCAUAUGAAUCCCAUCUAUCUAUUGUAUCUGUGGCUGUUUACAGAACAGGUAAAGCAUUUCUGACAUUUUAUAGUAGGAAAUGUGUAAUUGUAAAACCAUGAACAAGACUAUCAAUGUAAGCAUGCUAAUAGUUGCAUAAACUGACCUAAAUAUGACUGUGGAUUUACAUUAUAAUUUCUAAGAGGUCAGAACUGCGUGAUCUUUGUUUCCUUGACUUUCUUUUUUUUUUUGUCCUACAGACAUGUGGGACUCCUGCAGGUGUGUCAUGUGAAGAGUCACAAUGCGGUGGUCUAGGCUGCAGAACUGAGAGUGGAAUGAGAAAAUGUGGAGGGCCAGACUGCGAUGGUGUGGUUUCAGUGGCGCAAAAUGCAUUGCAGUCUUCAAUGAACUUUGAUAAGGAGAUUUUAAGUGCCCUGGCAGAAGUGGAAGAACUCUCUAAAAUGGUACAUUAUGCAGUUAUAGUGUAUUGGACACAACAAAAUAUUUUGUUAAAAUUUGUUUAAAUAUUUUAAUUUAUGGUGCUGCUAAUUUGCAACUUUAUUUUUUUGUUGGUUGUUAUUUUUAAAUUUGAAAAAUAAGAACCAGAUAUGCAAUGUUUAGACCAAAAUAGAAACAUUUAAAGAAUAAACUUAAGCUGAAAGUUUUUUUUCUGCAGCUUAUUUAUUUUGAGAUAAAUUUAUCUAAGGUAGUUUUCAUUUAGCAUUAGUUCCCUGUUUAAUAAAUUAACACCCAAGUCUAGGACUUGUUGCACUGAUGUGGUGCUUGAGGGCUACAAUAUUUCUAUACUUUGCAUGUAGUUAUCCAAUGAAAAUGGUGGGCAUUUUUAUGUUAUGAAUUAUCCUUAAAUUGUACUCGAAUGCAAUGUUGUACAGCACCUUACUUAAUGGUAAACAUUAUCAGCAAAUGUAAUUAUUUGUUCUCUAGCUCUCCAACACAAUGUCCAUUACCAUACCUCACAUAGGACUACAUUAAACAUAACAGCAAUUGAGAGCUUUUGUCCAUAUAAACUAAUCCAUGCAUGAAAAUAUUCUAAUGGAUCAAGUAGAAUUUUAUCAGUAAACUAUUCCAUAUUUAGGACAUUAAACCUUAACACCUUAAGGACCAAAUCUAUGGAAUAAAAGGGAAUCAUGACAUGUCACACAUGCCAUGUGUCCUUAAGGGGUUAAAGGAGCACUAUAGGGUCAGGAACACAAACAUGUAUUCCUGACUCUAUAGGGUUAAAACCACCAUCUAGCUCCCCUGGUCCUCUCAUGCCUCCCCAAAUAUAGUAAAAUCUUACUUGUAUUCAAGUCUGCAGCUGCUUAUUUUGUGCCUGUUUCCUUUAGACCUGCCUGCUGACAUUAUCAGAUGUGGUAGCCUGAUCCAAUCACAAUGCUUCCCCAUUGGCUGAGACUGACAAAGAAGCAGAUCAAGGCAGAGCCAGCACAAGUCCAUCACAGCCCUGGUCAAUCAGCAUCUCCUCAUAGAGAUGAAUUGAAUCAUUGAAUCUCUAUGAGGAAAGUUCAGUGUCUGCAUGCAGAGGGUGGAGACACUGAAUGUUUGGAUGCAUUAUAAGCAGACCCAAGAAGGAUCUCUAACAGCCAUCUAAGGAGUGGACAGUGAAGUUAUCACUAGGCUGUAAUGUAAACACUGCUUUUUCUCUGAAAAGACAGUGUUUACAGCAUAAAGCCUGAAGGUAAUGAUUCUACUCACCAGAACAAAUUCAUUAAGCUGUAGUUGUUCUAGUGACUAUAGUGUAACUUCAAGUGCUUCAUGUGUCCCUCAAUGAAUAACCUAGAGUUUCCAAUUUGUUCUUGCCUGAUAAGUUAAUAUUCAUAUGGGGUAACGUGUGAUGGGCUGAAAAUUUCUAAUUACAGUUUAUACAUAUUUUGUAGGUAGCAGAGGCAAAGCUCAGAGCAGAAGAAGCAAAGCAAAACGCUCAAGAUGUCCUCAACAGAGCAAAUGCCACAAAGGACAAAGUAGACCGAAGCAAUGAAGACCUGCGAAAUCUCAUCAAGCAAAUUAGGGACUUUCUAAUGCGUAAGUAUAUUCAGAAUUCAAAGCAGUUCUUUUUUUAUGGUAAUCAAUCUGAUAUGCUGUUUUUUUUUAGAAUGUUUUAUUUAUUUAGUAUUUAAAUGUAUCUAAGGUGAAGCAAAUCCCAUCAAUUUCUUAAUUUUGCUUAUCUGAGUAAACCGAGCAUGACUCGUAUCUAUGAACCUAUCAUUGCGUUGCUAUUUUAAUUGAAUCCCAGAAAUGCCAACUUUAAAACUAUACUAGAUAUUCUGUGAACUGAACAAUGCCAACUACAGUUUAUCCAGCCUUGAAAUGUGCGUUAAAGGAGGCUUCUCAUUUUACAGAAAAGAAAACACAUCCAAUCUACCAUUUAUUAUCUGUUUUUUGACAUGACUAUUUUGUGAAUUAUUAAGUAUAUUACUUUAUUUAGAAUCACAUCAGGUUAUAAACAUUUAAAGGACCACUAUAGUGCCAGGAAAACAUACUCGUUUUCCUGGCACUAUAGUGCCCUGAGGGUGCCCCCACCCUCAGGGUCCCCCUCCCGCCCGGCUCUGGAAGGGGGAAAGGGGUUAAAACUUACCUUUUUCCAGCACUGGGCGGGGAGCUCUCCUCCUCCGAUCCUCCUCCGUUCCUCCUCCUGGGCUGAAUGCGCACGCGCGGCAAGAGCUGCGCGCGCAUUCAGCCGGUCACAUAGGAAAGCAUUCAUAAUGCUUUCCUAUGGACGCUUGCGUGCUCUCACUGAAAAUCACAGUGAGAAGCACGCAAGCGCCUCUAGUGGCUGUCAAUGAGACAGCCACUAGAGGAUUAGGGGGAAGGCUUAACCCAUUCUCUGAAACUGCUAUGUUUAUGAAAAAAUGGGUUAACCCUAGCUGGACCUGGCACCCAGACCACUUCAUUAAGCUGAAGUGGUCUGGGUGCCUAGAGUGGUCCUUUAAGCACAUUCGUUGCUAUUCUAUACAUCAUCAUUUUCCAGGACUCACCAUAAUAUCCAAAACAAAAAGUAAUAAUACCCCGGUGCUUCUAAGUGCCAAAAAAUCUACAAGGUAAAUGAAAGCGCACGCCACAGGAUUUUUUUUCAAAAGUAUAAUGUGAAAUCAACGUUUAGACCCUCCUGGGUCUUUAUCACAAUUGUCCAUGAUUUUUUUGUUAUAUAUUUUGUUGAUAUAUCAUUUAAUAUCUAUAAACAAAAAAUCAUGGUUAAUAACAUAUCACUCCUGAAAUAAAUGCGAUUGAUGAAAAAUAGACACUUACAAUAUACAUCACAUACUCAGAAAUAGGUUAAUUUGACUGUUUUGUAAAAAAAGUAAUAUUAGAAAAUGUUUCCUAGGGUAAAUUAAAGCAAGUUAAUCUCUCUCUUCCCUUAGUGGUUGAUUUCAGAAAUUACAUUUCAUUCUAUCUCAAUAUUGAUAAAUAUACAAAAUGGAGAAAAAAAUAUAUAUUUUUUUUCCUUAUUUUUUUUAUUUUAAUCUAACUUAGGGUUUAACCCAUUUCUUGUUAUCUGAUUGAGCCCACUUCCCAACUGAUGCAAACAAUUUUGCUGUAGUUUACAAAUGAUAUACUGAAUCUGCAACACUUUACUAAGCUUUUCAUCUGUAGUAUGUAUCAACAGAGUACACAGGGCCGGCCUUAGGCAAUUAGGCGCCCUGUGCAAAAAGUCUUCACGGCGCCCCCCCCACCUCCCACCAAGUUGCCUGAAUACAGUAACACACACAGGCACCGGGGACGUGUGUAUCAUGAGGCAAACAAGGCAUCUGCCUUGGGCGCCACUUUCAGGGCCGUCUAUAAUAUGAAUAUGACCCCGGGCAAAGCCUUUUCUUGGGCCCCCUGGGCCCUGUCACUGCACCCUCCCUCCCCAUUACGCCCAACCCGCAAUCACACUGACAGACAUACUGACACAUACACACACAGACAGACACAUUAAAACAUUCGCAGAUACAUACUGACACACACAUACACUGACACAAAAAUAUAUACUGGCAAACAUUGACACACAUUCAGACAUACUGAUACACACACACACAUACAUACAUACUCACAGACACAUACACUGACAGAUAUACUGACACAGACACACACAGACACAUACACUGACAGGCGUAUUGACAUACACAGACAUACUGACAUACACACACACACACUGGAACACAGUGAGACAUACUGACAUACACACACAGACAUACUGACAUACAAACACACAGACAGUAUGUCUGUGUGUGUUAGUAUGUCUGUGUGGUGUGUUAGUAUGUGUGUGUGUAUGUCAGUAUGUCUGUGUAUGUCAGCAUGUCUGUGUGUGUAUGUCAGUAUGUCUGUGUGUGUUAGUAUGUCUGUGUGUGUAUGUCAGUUUGUUUGUGUGUGUAUAUGUCUGUGUGUGUGUAUGUCAGUAUGUGUGUGUGUGUAUGUCAGUGUGUGUGUAUGUCUGUGUGUGUGUGUAUGUCAGUGUGUCUGUGUGUGUAUGUCAGUAUGUCUGUCAUAGACACACACAGACACACACAGACAUACUGACAUACAUACACAAACAGACAUACUGACACAGACAUACUAACACACACACAUACUAACACACAAACACAUACUAACACACUAACACACACAGACACAGACAUACUAACACACACACAUACAGACAUACUAACACACAAACACAGACAUACUAACACACACACAUACUAACACACACAGACAUACUAACACACACACAUACUAACAUACAUUUAGCCACCCUCCAGGUUCUUACCUUUUUAUGGAGGGUGGUUUCCCUGGGGUCCAGUGGCAGGCUGAGGCAGAUGGGAGUUCUUCUCUGGAACUCCCCUCCUCUCUGCCUUCCUCCUCCCGCGCGGCUAUCUUCGGUGGGAGGAAGUGACACGCGGUACUCACUUCCUCCCAGCCUGUACAGGAAGGGGCCCGGUCGUGCUGUUUAAGCGUCACAGCGCCCGACCGGGCCCCUUCUGCCACAUGCCCACAGGGUGGCCCUUAGUGCAUGGGCCACCCGGGGGCCUCCUUGGUUGGCGGGCCGGUGCGGCUGCACCGCCGGCCGCCGGGUACAUGGGGGCUGCUGAAAUCGCGGGGCCCACGGGGCAGCUGCUCUGGGAGCCAGAAUAUGACGUCAGUCCGGCUCCCGGCAUCACUAAGCGCUGUUUACUCAGCCUGUGCGCCCCCUGCCUGCCCAGCAGCCACACUGGACUGCUGGUAAGAAAUCCACUCCAACUUUCCCAGGGAGGCUGGGUGGAUUUAAAAUAAAUGUAAAAAAUAUUAGUUUGUGAGUGUUAGUGGAAAUGUCUGUGUGUGUGUCUGUGAGUGUUUAUUUUGAAGUGAAUGUGUGUGUGUCUGUAAGUGUGUAAUUGUGUGUGUCUGUAAGUGAAUGUGUGUGUGUCUGUGAGUGAAUGUGUGUGUUGGUCAGUGAGUGUAUAUGUGUCAGUCAGUGAGUGUGUAUGUGUCAGUCAGUGAGUGUGUAUGUGUCGUCAGUGAGUGUGUGUCGGUCAGUGAGUGUGUAGGUCAGUGAGUGUGUAUGUGUCGGUCAGUGAGUGUGUGUCGGUCAGUGAGUGUGUGUCAGUCAGUGUGUAUGUGUCGGUCAGUGGAGUCGUGCAUCUUUCAGUGAGUGCUUGCGUCUGUCAGUGAGAGUGUGCAUCUGUCAGUGUGUGUCCAAGUAAUAGUGUAUGUGUGUAUGUCAUUGUUUGUCAGUGUAUAUGAGAGUGUGUGUCUGUCAGUGAGUGUGCGUCUGUCAGUGAGUGAGCGUCUGUCAGUCAAAGUGCGGCCUUGACAGGAAGGGGUGGGGGAAAUUUAAACUCGGUUACAGGCAUGUACACACACACUCAGUUAAAGGCAGUCACACAUACAGGCACAGGCACAAACAAUGGCACAGCGACACACACAGACAGUCACAUAGGCAGUCACACACACAGACAGACACACAGUAACACACACAUAGACAGUUAUACACACACAGGCAGGCAGUCACACAGAUAGAAAGUCACACACACAGGCAGGCAGUCACACACAGACAGAUAGUUACAGACAGACACACACAGGCAGGCAGGCAGUCAGUCACAUACAGACAGUCACACACACAGACAGUCACACAGACAGACAGUCUCACACACACACGGGCAGUCACACAGACAGACAGUCACACACACAGGCAGUCACAUACAUGGGCAGUCACACAGACAGACAGUCACACACACAGACAGUCACACACAGGCAGGCAGUCACACACAGAGACAGUCACACAUACACACAGAGACAGACAGUCACACACACACACACACAAGGACAGGCAGUCACACAGACAGUCACACGCACACAGGCAGUCACACAGACAGUCACACACACACACAGUCACACAAACAGGCAAACAGUCACACACACACACUUACCUCUUUCCAGUGGAUGCAGUUGGCUGAUGGGGAAGCAUCUUUCCCUCUUCCUGUACAGCCGGGGCUUCGGGAGGUAUUAGCCCCGUCUCCGCCUCUCGAUAAGCCCCGCCUCCGCCGCUCGGUAAACCCCGCCCCCUCUGCCGCGAUUUUUUUUUUUUUUUUUAAAUAGAUCCCGGUGGAGAAUAAUUAAUCCUCCAGCCAGGUACCUCUUUUAGCUCCCCUGCACUCCGGCCAUGAGUGAGCUGUGUCGGCCACAGGGCGCCCCCUGUUCCAUGGCGCCCUGUGCGGUCGCACAGCUCGCACACCCCUAAGGCCGGCCCUGAGAGUACACAAAGGAUGAUAUAAGCAGUGUAGGGUCAGUAUGGUAACCUACUUUAUUGAUAUCACUUCUUAUUAGUUCUCUUUUCUAGUUGCUCUGGCUUUCUAUAGUUAAGCUUUUGAGGACACAUGUAAAUGAAAGGGCAAUCAACACUAAUUGUUUAAUUAUUUCACUGUCUUUAACUGUAUUGUGUUGAAGUCUUCGAGUGGUGAAUUCUUCUACCCUAGAGUGGUGAGCAGACUUUGGGUUUGUUUUAAACUGCUAUUUAAAUAUACAUUUGUGUGACUGAGAAAUAUUGCUGAUUUUAAGAGCAAUAUUCUGAUGGAAGUUAAAAUAAAUAACUGUUAAAACUCUCAUUUUUCAAACAGAGGAUGGGGCUGACCUUGAUAGCAUUGAAGCUGUUGCCAGUGAAGUUUUGAAAAUGGAAAUGCCCACUACACCUGAACAGCUCCAGGCCUUAACAGAAGAUAUUCGGGAUCGUGUGCAGAGCCUGUCUAAUGUAGAGACAAUCCUCCAACAGAGUGCUGGAGAUAUAGCUAGAGCUGAGUCUCUCUUGGAUGAAGCAAAGAAGUCAAGGUGAGUACAUUCAAAUCUGUAUUUCAUAAGAGAGCCUAUUUGGGAGGGGAGGAACCUACAGAAUACCAAAGGGACUUGUAUAGAAAGUCCAGAAAAAAUAGACUCUCUGGUCACUCCGUUUAAUUGCUAAACAAGCAAGUAUGUCUUGAUUGUUAACAGCCCCUCCAUCAGCCCUUUGACCGUAUAUUUUUUUUACAUAAUAUUUGCUCAUAAAAAUAUAUUAUAUAUCAUUUUGUUACAGUAAAAGUGCUGAAGACAUUAAAGCUACUGCAGACAUGGUGAAGGAAGCUCUAGAAGAAGCAGGAAAAGCUCAAGAUGCAGCAGAAAAGGCCAUCAAACAAGCAGAUGAUGACAUCAAAGGGACAAAUGAUCUGCUCACGUCUGUGAGUCACUUUUAAGAAACAUUUACAUGCAAACAGAAAUGGGAAUCCUUACUUUUGUUAUGGUGGUUAAACAUAAUUUGGGAAUAUUGUAAAUCCAUCAAUUGCAUGUACAAAUUUAAUUUACAGAAUAUUUACCUAGUACCAUCAAUUCCAACUCUAACAUGACAGUCAAGCAGAAAAUUCUACAGUUGUACAAACCCAAACAUUUUUGUACAACCCUUCAUGUCGGAGGUUCACGUAAUGAUACAACAACAAAAAAUAGCAUCUGGUACAAAUAAGAUUCUAAAUUCCAUCCUUGUUUUAUGUUUUGGCCUCACUUAAGAAGUCAAAACAGUAUUUAAAUACAGAUAUUGCUGUUGCAAGCAUGCUGGUAAUAAGUAGAUAUAUAAGUAUGCAGGAACAGCUCAUUAAUGCUGACUUGAAGAAUCAGUAUUGGAAAAAAAUCGCAAAUUUAGCAUGAUCAGCAACUCUACCAGAGGAAAAAAAAAAAAAAAUAACUCAGGCAAGAAACAUGAACUAAUCUUGUUUUUUUUUUUAGUCAUUUUUAAAAAAAAAAAUGCUGUAUGAUUAACCCUUGUGCCUUAAAGCUGUCCAGUUUAGUCGCUUUUCGGUUUUCCGAAAAAUCUCAGUUGGAUUGAACGGGCACUUCCCCUAAUGUUGGAGGUACUGGAAAAAAAUUCCAUUUGGAAAAUUUUGCUCAGGAGAACCAAUAUUUUUUGCUCUGCACAAAUCUGGUAGUUACUGUUAUGUGACGGUGCUGUUUUAGCUUAUCAUGUUCUUUUAUAAAACAGUCUCCACUGUUUUCAACUUCAUGACGUCUACUCCAUAUUAUUUUCACUGGUUGCUUACCAUUAUAAUAAUGGUACCUAUAAAUAGAUUGCCUUAUAAGUAGUAAUAUUUUCUGAACAUGGAUGUUCUGAACUUGCUAACAAUAUUAAAUAUAAUAAUUUUAUUAUUACUCCAGUUAUUCAGUAUACUGAAUGUUGGUCGAAAGAUGGAACAAAAUCAUAAUCUUAGUCUUUCUUAUUAUUUGUUCCACUAACAGAUUGAAUCAGAAGCAACAGCAUCUGAAGAAACUUUAAGUAAUGCCACGGAACGUCUUACCCAACUGGAAAAAAAUGUUGAGAAUCUUUUGAAAAAAUCAACUGCUAAUUCUGAAUCCGUAGAGAAAAUUGAAAAAUCUGUUGACGAUGCCAAGUCAGAUGCCGAUGGAGUUAAAAAGGUUUGCCUAUCAUAUUUCUCAUUGACAAAAACAUUUUUCUUCAAAACUAAAAUGCUUCCUGUUUUUAUUGUAUAUUGGUCUUCAAUAUUUGUUUUUCUUCAUUAUGGACUGGUUUUGGAUUCACGUCAACCAGAUACAGAAAAAUGUUUGCGUAAUUUACACUUAAUUUCCUCUUUAGAAUUAUAUACAAAAUAAAAUUGAUAGAACUAAUACAUAUAAGUGUGAAAAAACUGUCUUCUAAUAAACACUUCUUUCACUGCAGGCUCUUGAUGGUGAUCUUACUGAUAAAUAUAAGCGAGCUGAAGACUUGAUAGCAAAGAAAGCUGAAGACUCAACAGAGGCCAAAAAGAAGGCUGAACAGCUUCAAAAGGAGGCCAAAUCUUUGCUAACACAAGCAAAUAAGAAACUCAGCUUACUCAAAAGUAAGUGUAUAUAUCAAUCAGACACUUUACACAUUAGUUUAUUUCAGUAACAAUUAUAAAGAAAACUUGCCAUCUAAAAAACGUUCACUGUAAAAUUAAUAGACUUCUAAUUAGUACAUUUUAGUGGAAAUAAAUAAUGUACCUUCAAGAUAAUAUCUAGAAAUAGACUGUGUGUCUGUGUGGUAACAAUUUGUAUUUUGCUUAAAUUGUGUUCCUGGGCCCUAUUUGUUAAGAGAUAAAUUUAACCCCUUCCCGACCGAGGACGGUUCAGGACCGUCAUCGGGAUUUUCCCAUUGCGGACCGAUGACGGUCCUGAACCGUCCUAACGGUUUCCGUUACUUACCUGAUCGCCGUCGUUCCCCCGGCGGCGAUCAGUGUUGCUCCGGUGUGGGGAGACUGCCUGCAGCCCAGACAGUCUCCCCACACUGAUUUAGGACCCCUGGGGCCAUGUGAUCGCUUAACACAGCGAUCACAUGGUCACAAUGGGUGUCCAUAGUGCUGCCUGCAGGGGGACUGCCUGUGCUGACAGGCAGUCUCCCUGCUAGUGUAAAAUCAAAAAAAAAAAUAAAGUUAAUGUUAAUAAAAAAAAUAAUAAUAAUUAUAUAUGUGUAUAUAUGAUAUAUAGACAUAUAUUAUAUCUAUAUAAUAUAUGUCUAUAUAUCAUAUAUAUAAUGCCAUACUAAGUGUAUUUUUAUAUUAAUAUGUACUUAUAUUAAUAUAAAAAUACACUUAUAAUUAAAUUACACACGUAUAUAUAUAUAAUAUAUAUAAUAACUAUAUAGAUUGUAUAUAUAUAUUAUUAUAAAAUAUAAAUAAUAAGUAAUUUAAAUUAAAUAAAUUUUUUUUAAAUAAUAAUAAAAAAUUUAAAAAAAAUUAUAUAUCUAUAUGAAAUUUUAUUCUAACUGUAUUUUAAAAUUAUAUAUAUAUAUUUAUAUCAAAAUACACUUAGAAUGAAUUUGUAUAUAUAUCUAUGUAUAUAAAAAUAAAUAAAAAUAAUAAGAAAUAUACAUAUGUCCAUAUACAAAAUUACAUAAAUAAUUAUAUAAAUAUACACGUAGACUUCAAAUAUAUAAAUAUGCAUAUAUAUUUAAAUUCUACGUGCGUAUUUAUGUAAUAUUUUUACAUAAUUCAGUAAUUUUAUUGAUUGCAAUUUGAGGGACCUGCCUGCCAACCCAGGCCGAAAUUCCAGAGAAUUUAAUUUGCUAGCACUGUAUUUUACCCUGUAACGUUCUACGACACCCUAAAACCUGUACAUGGGGGGUACUGUUUUACUCGGGAGACUUCGCUGAACACAAAUAUUAGUGAUUCAAAACAGUAAAACAUAUCACAGCGAUGAUAUUGUCAGUGAAAGUGACUUUUUUUGCAUUUUUCACACACAAACAGCACUUUUACUGAUGAUAUAAUUGUUGUGAUACGUUUUCCAGUUUUUAAACACUAAUAUAUGUGUUCAGCGAUGUCUCCCGAGUAAAACAGUACCCCCCAUGUACAGGUUUUAUAGCAUUUUUGAAAGUUACAAGGUCAAAUACAUGGGUCAAAUAUUUUUACAUUGAAAAUGGCCAGGUUGGUUACGUUGCCUUUGAGAGCGUAUGGUAGCCCAGGAAUGAGAAUUACCCCCAUGUUGGCAUACCAUUUGCAAAAGAAGACAACCCAAGGUAUUGCAAAUGGGGUAUGUCCAGUCUUUUUUAGUAGCCACUUGGUCACAAACACUGGCCAAAAUUUGCGUUCAAUUUCGUUUUUUUACUUUUUUCACACACAAACAAAUAUGAAUGCUUACAUUGGCCAGUGUUUUCGACUAAGUGGCUACUAAAAAAGACUGGACAUAACCCAUAUUGAAUACCCUGGGUUGUCUACUUUAAAAAAAAUAUGUACAUGUGGGGUGUUAUUCAGAGAUUUAUGACAGAUAAUAGUGUUACAAUGUCACUAUUGAUAAAUUUUAAAAAUGCAUGUUUUGAAACCGCAAUAUCCUACUUGUACCUAUAGCCCUAUAACAUGCAAAAAAAAAGCAAAAAAGCACGUAAACACUAGGUAUUUUUAAACUCAGGACAAAAUUUUGAAUCUAUUUAGCAGUUUUUUUCAUUCGCUUUUGUAGAUGAGUAAAAGAUUUUUCAAGUAAAAGUCAAAAAACAUGUAUUUUUUUCAAUUUUUCAUCAGAUUUUUUAUUUUUUUUAAAUUAAAAUACAUGAGAUUAUAUAAAUAAUGGUAUGUAAAGAAAGCCCCUUUUGUCCUGAAAAAAACAAUAUAUAAUUUGUAUGGGAACAGUAAACGAGAGAGCGGAAAAUUACAGCCAAACACAAACACCAGAAAAGUGUAAAAAUAUUCCUGGUCGCAAAUGUACAACAUCGCAAAAACAGUCCAGUCCUUAAGGGGUUAAAGAAAUUCUAUACAUGGUUAUUCACUAAAGUGAGACUUCAAAGUUAAUUUCUAAUAAAUUCAAAUACAAUCAAAAUAGCCAAACUGGAAACAUUCUCUAACCCAUAUACAUGCUAUCAGUUUGGCUACCAUGGCCUUAAAUUUGAAAUUCAUUUUGAAUUCUCACUUUAAUAAAUAAUCCUGAUCUUGUUUAUUAUAUAGAAAUAUCUUUUUUAUCUUUUAACUGUUAUUGCAUGAAAAAACAUUCAGUACAAGAACAACUAAAAAGAAGAAAAAUAAACUUGCUAAUCAUGGUACAAAUGUCAAGGUAGUGUUGAAGCUACCACAAUUGCGGCUUAGGUAUGUUUUCUGCAAAAUAAGAAAUUAAUUAGGGGUUUUAGGAGAGAACUAGAGAAAGGCAACAUGUGUUCGAACAGUAUAAGCAAACCUUCCAACAGUAAUCCUGUGGUUACCAGGAAAAAAAUGGAAAAAAUGGCAAAAUCAGCAUGAUAUUAUAUGUGCUUCCAAUCCCCAAACUCGGUGCCUGAUAUUUUUGUCUUUAAAUUCAGCAAAUUGCCAGUGUUGGACUGGCAAACAUGAUAAGAUGAGUAAGAAAAAUCGCAUCAUUUGCAGAUCUGCAAAUUUGACUAUGUGAGAAAGUGCUUUGACAUUAAAGGGACACUAUAGUCACCAGAACAACUACAGCUUUUUGCAUUUGUUCUGGUGAGUAGAAUCAUUCCUUCCAGGCUUUUUGCAGUAAACACUGUGUAUUCAGAGAAAAAUGAAUUAGUAAAUUAAUAGCACUUUUUUUAUUUAUCAACUCAUCCUGUCCAAUUAAAUUUGGGACUGGUAUAGUGAUAUAUCUUCAUAUCAGCAACGCUAUUCAGUAGUAGAGUAGAGCAGGGGUAGGCAACCUUUGGCACUCCAGAUGUUGUGGACUACAUCCCCCUUGAUGCUCUUACACCUAUAAUGCUGGCAAAGCAUCAUGGGAGAUGUAGUCCAAAGAUUACAAUUAGAGGUGUAGUCAUCUGCGGUGUCGAAGGUUGCCUAUGCCUGGAGUAGAGUGUAGUUGUCUGGGUCAUCUGGGUUGAACAUUUAAAGGAACACUCUUAUCAAAAAUAUAUAUAUAUAUCUUAAUACAAUCUAUAUGUUAUAUAUGCUAUCUCAUUUCUCUCGCUCUUUUUUUUUUAAUUCAUGUUGACAUUUUUGUAGAAAACACUUGCUUAGCGUUCCCACUCCCCAUUUCUGACAGCCAUCUUAAUGCACAUUUGGUUGGGUUGUCUGUUAUUUUACCCAGUUCUCACAAAGAGUCCAUUGUUUUUGACAAUUACCUGACAGAAAUGUUGCACUUAGAGAACAAAAGGAAUGUGUUAAUGUAUUGGUACUGCAAGUAUUAGCAGACAUGAAUGCAUUAGUGUUUAUAGAUUUAUAAUUUCUUUAUAAAACAAUAUCCAACUUGUGUAUAUAUAGUAUCAAAGCUGACAAGGGCCUUGAUUUUAUUAGUUUGAAUCAACACCAGAAAUGAUUCCAAUGAUUCUAUUCUGUUAGAUAAAACUUUUCAAUAAUUUAACUGCAGACAUCAUCAUUAAAGUCUAGGAAAAUUUUUAGAUAAAACAUUUGAAAAGCUUUUUCUAACAGAUUGCAAUAAUUUAUGUUGCUGAUUCAAAAAAAAUUAAUGCCAAUAUGACAAUAUUUGCGUAGAUCAUAUGUUUACAUCAUGCAUGUUCAAUCUACUUUGUUUUCUUACAGAUUUAGAAAAGACAUAUGAAGAUAAUCAGAGGGUUCUUGAAGAAAAAGCCAAACAGUUAGUUGAAUUGGAAGGAACCGUUCGAUCGCUUUUACAAGCCAUUAGCCAGAAAGCAGCUGUAUACAGUACUUGCAUAUAAGCUCAAAUUUGGUUCAGGCAACAAAAUUGGGACCAAAUAUUCCAUAAUUUAUUGGAUGAAGACUAAACUCGAAAUAAAGAAAUUAUUUUUACGAUUGGUUUUAUUAAAUAAAAUUUGAAAACGUGUGAUAAUUUGUGACACGAUUACAAAGUUCUUAAUGGUUCCAUUGUCUGUGUUUGUUGGCAGAGACAGACCAUAACAACUUGUGCUACAAAUUCACAUAAAUAUGACUAUUUUUAAUUGUAAUAUUUUGCACUUGAUUAGUAUUAGUUAUGUAAAACACAAUAAUAGCAUUUACUCUGUAGUGAAAACAAAUUGUUAAAUAUAGGUUUUGGCUCAAUGUAAUUAACUGGAAAGUUGACUGGCAUUGUUCAUGAAAACCUGUUAUCCUAUAUAAACCAUCUUUUAAACUACAACUGCAUUGGAAAAUUAUCCAGAUUACACUAUAAUCCAUGUACUCAAGAGUAAUAUUUUUUGUAACUAAAGUUUAUUUAUUUUUAAUAUGUAUUAAGUAUUAAAGGAACACUAUAGUCACCUAAAUUACUUUAGCUAAAUAAAGCACCUUUUCCUUCAAAUGUCACUGAACGAAUUUGAAAUGAAUAACAAGCCUAGCCAUACCAUAGACAACUUGAGCUUUGCCGAGCGUAGGGCUCUUCAAGAUUUCAAACAGCAAACUGAUCUUAUAGUCAAACCAGCUGACAAAGGUGGCAACAUUGUCCUCCUGAAACGGUCUGAAUAUGUUGAUAUGUGCAUGUGUCAUCUUAAUGACAUCUCCUACUAUAGAAUUCUUUC